UUGACCCCAACCCUUGUUGAGGUAUGUCUUGGCGCUCUAAUGUUCUCUGCUCUUGAUAUUUAUUUCUGUCUGGGCUUGAGACAAGCCAUUUACUGUGAGGGCUUUCAACAGCUAAUCUGCAUACUCACUCAUGAUGUCUUGAUUUGACAACGGUGAGGUCUAGAAUGUUAUAUGCAAAUGAUUGCUGCAGCAGAUGACAGCGUUUCUCGUGUUGGACCAAAACUUCCAUCUGUUUCGCAUCUAGUAGAUGUACCGCAAACCUCUGAACAGAAUCCUAAGGAAUGCUACUGUGUUUACAAUUCUAAAUAGUGUUAAUGAAUGAAUAUUCAAUUAUUAUUAUUAUUAUUAUUCAAUUUAGGAAUCGUUUUGUUUUAUUGAGAAAUAUGGGGGAGACAGUAGGGAGGAGAUUGAGUGAUGGGGAAGAAAUCGGUAGUUAAAUAUCGGGCUAUUUUGACGAUUUAUCAUUUUGACAAUAUUGCAAUAUUUUUGUGCUUGUUUGCUGUUCCUGCACCAAAACGUAAGUAUUUUUCCUUCAUAGCUUGUUUUCAAUGUUCUUUUAUAUAUAGGGAGCCAAUUUGUUUUCAGCACUAUUAUUUCCAUAACCGAUCAAAGCUUAUUUUCUCAUGGCUCUGGUCUCUCCGCAGCAGACAUAUGGUGAGCAAUAUGUUUGGGAAAACGAAACGUAAUAUAUAUAUAUACAGUGCAUUCGGAAAGUUUCAGACCCUUUUACUUUUUCCACAUUUUGUUAUGUUACAGCCUUAUUCUAAAAUUGAUUAAUUGUUUUCCUCAUCAAUCUACACACAAUAUCCCAUUAUGACCAAGUGAAAACAGGUUUUUAGAAAUUUUUGCAAAAACAGAAAUACUUUAUUUACAUAAGUAUUCAGACCCUUUGCUAUGAGACUCGAAAUUGAGCUCAGGUGCAUCCUGUUUCCAUUGAUCAUCCUUGAGAUGUUUCUACUACUAGAUUGGAGUCCACCUGUGGUAAAUUAAAUUGAUUGGACAUGAUUUGGAAAGUCACACACCUGUCUAUAUAAGGUCCUACAGUUGACAGUCCAGAGCAAAAACCAUGCCAUGAGGUCAAAGGAAUUGUCCGUAGAGCUCCGAGACAGGAUUGUGUCGAUGCACAGAUCUAGGGAAUGGUACCAAAACAUUUCUGCAGCAUUGAAGGUCCCCAAGAACACAGUGGCCUCCAUCAUUCUUAAAUAGAAGUAGUUUGGAACUACCAAGACUCUUCCUAGAGCUGAGCAAUCGGGGGAGAAGGGCCUUGGUCAGGGAGGUGACCAAGAACCAGAUGGUCACUCUGACAGAGCUCCAGAGUUCCUCUGUGGAGAUUGGAGAACGUUCCAGAAGGGAAACCAUCUCUGCAGCACUCCACCAAUCAGGCCUUUAUGGUAGAGGGGCCAGACAGAAGCCACUCCUCAGUAAAAGGGACUGGGAGACUAGUCAGGCUCGAAGGGAAAGAUGAAAGGUGCUAAGUAGAGAGAGAUCCUUGAUGAAAACCUGCUCCAGAGCGCUCAGGACCUCAGACUGGGAUGAAGGUUCACGUUCCAACAGGACAACGACCCUAAGCACACUGCCAAGACAACGCAGGAGUGGCUUGUAGCGUCAUACGCAAGAAGACUCGAGGCUGUAAUCGCUGCCAAAGGUGCUUCAACAAAGUACUGAGUAAAGGGUCUGAAUACUUAUGUAAAUGUGAUACUUUUUACUAUUUUUAUGAAUGUGCAGAAAUGUCAAUCUGUUUUUACUUUGUCAUUAUGGGGUAUUGUUUUUUUCCCCCCUUCAUCAAUCUACACACAAUUGAACCCAUUUUAGAAUAAGUCUGUAACGUAACUAAAUGUGCAAAAAGUGAAGGGGUCUGAAUACUUUCCCAAUGCACUGUAUAGAAUCGUGAGAAUCGCAGUACAUAUCUUAUUGGCACCUAAGUAUGGUAAUAAUAUCGUAUUGUGAGGUCCCUGGCAAUUCCCAGCCCUGCAAGACAUACAGUACAGAAAUGAGAGCCUGGACUGGGAGGUGAUCCCUGGUCUUCGGUGGGGGACACUGAACUAGAGUUGUGGCGGUGUUAUCCACUACUCGGGCAGGAAUAUGCACUUUUUAUCAGUUGGUGCUUCCUUCUUCAGCAAAUGGCUAUAUGGUGACCCUUACCUCAUCUGAGAGGUGGUCGGCUAAAUGUGUAAUGCGAUCCACCCACUGUCAUAGGCAGACAAUACACUUCUGGCCAUAUAGGCUGUUAGGUUCUAGUGACCUCAUCUACAGUUAGUCAACAGAGCUUACCUCCUCCUCAAGCAGUUCACUCACUCUUCUUGCUCAUGAAAGAAGCAGUGUCUCUGUGCUUUUUGCUUUGGCUACAAAAGACUGUUGGUACUGUCCACUGAAUAUGGAGGGGGGUGGGAGGAGAGGAGAUUGUGAACGAUGUUGGGUGAUGCGUGGCUCAGAGCAGCGAGCUGCACUCGGAUGCAGGCGGAAAGGAAUGACAGGUCAAGGGUCGUACAGACGUCAACCAUCUAGUAUGUGUCCAAAUCCCACUUGUUUUUUGAGGAGUUUUGAAUACAAAUGCUUCUGGGAAUACUGACCAGGGUUGGCACGAACAUCUAUUUUAAUACAAAAAAAAAAACUAUGUUGACUUCCUGUAACAGUUUUGUGUCUUUGAGAUACAGUAUGUAACCCCCUGUAAAUAACAGGUCUGCAUGUCUGUUUUGAUUGUCAGUCAUUAGAUGAUUUAACUAUAACUACCACCUUGACACAGAACUGACAUGACUUUUCUGACAUGUGCAGAUGGAAAGCGUUUGACUGCUUUCCUUUCUGGAUUUGUAGCUGUUUGGUCCUGGUUCCUCUCUUGAGCUGAGAUACAGACCAACAUUUGAGGGUCAGCCUGAGCUUGGAAAUAUUUGACCCCAGACCAGAGGUUAGGGUUAACUUGUACCUACUCCCUAGUCUGUUCCUCAAUAACAGAUUUGUCUAUUACUGAACAAGACAGACAGGCAGAUUGUUGACAGUUGUCAUAACCCUGGAGGGUGACAGGGUUUUACCAGUGAUUGUUGUAAGAAUUUAGAGCAUUUUAUCCCUUAACUGCUUAGAGGUCACUGCAGUGCUGAGACUGAGUAAUAAUCUGUGUCUCCUAAAUUACACAACACAGAACCCCAUUACAUUACUGUCAUUCAUCUCUGUUGAUUUCCCUUGAACACCUGGGCUAUCAAAUAGUCCUGCUUAUAUGCUUCCUGGUAGGCUGGGACAGGAAAGCACCGGGUUGUGUUCAUUAUGCACCAAACGGAAGGAAUCUGUCUGAAAUGGGGAGGGACAACCUGGACUUGUCCAAUAAAAAAACUAGUUAUUGUUUUCCAUUGCAGCAGUUCAUUCUAAAAGGUGCUUUGUUUUGGUUAAAAUGCAUUGUUUUUAGAGUGGGCUUUUGAAGUUUUUUGUGUUGGAGUAAAAAUUUGAGAUUAGAAUUAGACUAUUAGUGACAUGAAUGCAAUUUACUGUAAACAUAAUAUUUGAAUCACCUACCAGAAUGUUGUUGUAGUAGUAUUGCUGUUUGACAUAAUAGACUGGAGAUUGGUUAGUUGAUUGAUCCUUGAGACAACAUUUCUCUUCGGUCUUUUGAGUCAGUGCAACCUGCAAAAGCAUGCUCUGGAUAAUUUAUUGGAUAAUGUUAAAAUGACAUUCUUUAUGAAGUUCUUCAUAGACAUGAGUGUGGGGAAUUAAUUUCUGUUUUCUUUUUUUUGGUAAGGUUAUAUUUCUACAUUACAAACACAAACAAACCACGACAUAACACCUGCCUAGACCCACUUGCUCACGCCCCUAUCUCCAGCGCCCACAUCACUGCCUGCACCAUUUUUGUUUCUCUCCAUCGCCCCCAUGCACAUUCAACAUUUAGAUAAUAAAGCAUUUGACCUUUCUAUUGUGUUAAAGAUGGAGGAUUGGUUGAUUUCCAGUUUUUAAGUAUACAUUUCUUCAAGAUUAUUGAUGAGAAAAGUAUCGACGAACCCAUCGGGUAUCUCACUACACCCUCAUAUGCCAUGUCUUGAAAUAUGCAGACCGACGGUUUCUAUGCCUUUUUAGUUUUCCAUGUGGGCCAAUUUAUCGGUGGAUUCUGAACAGUUAUCCCAGGAUUGUUCCAUAGGGUUGUGUUUUUAGGGAGUGAUAUUGGUUCUUGUAGAAUACGUUUCAUUUUCUUCCAUAUUGUUAGUGUUCUUAACUAUGAAGUUGUUAAUAUUCUUAACUUUGUCCUUUGAAAAUAGACACGUGAAAAGAUUUUGGGGAUGGGCCUCCCGAGUGGUGCUGCGGUUUAAGGCACUGCAUCGCAGUGCUAGAGACGUCACUACAGACCUGGGUACGAUCCCAGGUUGUCGCAGACUGGGAGACCCAUGAGGUGGUGCACAAUUGGCCCAGCGUCGUCCGGGUUAGGGGACGGUUUGGCCGGCCGGGAUGUCCUUGUCCCAUCGCGCUCUAGCGACUCCUUGGCAUUCUCUCAACCAGCUUCAACUGGAAUGCUUUUCCAACAGUCUUGAAGGAGUUCCCACAUGCUGAGCACUUGUUGGCUGCUUUUCCUUCACUCUGCGGUCCGACUCAUCCCAAAACAUCUCAAUUGGGUUGAGGUUGGGUGAUUGUGGAGGCCAGGUCAUCUGAUGCAGCACUCCAAUACUCUCCUUCUUGGUCAAAUAUCCCUUACACAGCCUGGAGGUGUGUUGGGUCAUUGUCUUGUUGAAAAACAAGUGAUAGUCCCACUAAGCCCAAACCAGAUGGGAAGGCGUAUCGCUGUAGAAUGCUGUGGUAGCCAUGCUGGUUAAGUGUGCCUUGAAUUCUAAAUAAAUCACCAACCGUGUCACCAGCAAAGCACCCCCACACCAUAACACCACCUCCUCCAUGCUUUACGGCGGAGAUCAUCCGUUCACCCACACCGCGUCUCACAAAGACACGGUGGUUGGAACCAAAAAUCUCCAAUUUGGACUCCAGACCAAACAACACAUUUCCACCGGUCUAAUGUCCAUUGCUCAUGUUUCUUGGCCCAAGCAGGUCUCUUCUUAUUGGUGUACUUUAGUAGUGGUUUCUUUGCAGCAAUUCGACCAUGAAGGCCUGAUUCACAGUCCCCUCUGAACAGUUGAUGUUGAGAUGUUUCUGUUACUUGAACUCUGAAGCAUUUAUUUGGGCUGCAAUUUCUGAGGCUGGUAACUAAUGAACUUAUCCUCAGCAGCAGAGUUAAAUCUGGGUCUUCCAUUCCUGUGGUGGUCCUCAUGAGAGCCAGUUUCAUCAUAGUGCUUAAUGGUUUUUGCGACUGCACUUGAAGAAACGUUCAAAGAUCUUAACAUUUUCUGGAUUGACUGACCUUCAUGUCUUAAAGUAAUGAUUGACUGUCGUUUCUCUUUGCUUAUUUGAGUUGUUCUUGCCAUAAUACGGACUUGGUAUUUUACCUAAUAGGGCUGUCUUCUACCUUGUCACAACACAACUGAUUGGCUUAAACGCAUUCAGAAGGAAAGAAAUUCCACAAAUUAACUUUUUAAGAAGGCACACCUGUUAAUUGAAAUGCAUUCCAGGUGACUACCUCAUGAAGCUGGUUGAGAGAAUGCCAAGAGUGUGCAAAGCUGUCAUCAAGGCAAAGUGUGGCUAUUUGACCAUGCGCAUCUUCAAUAUGUACCCAUUGUUCCUCUUUAGUGCAUUUAACUAUAUGUCUCAAGUAAAAGCCUUUGGUGGCGAGUUGAUACAAUUCCAAGUCUGGAAGGUGAAAACCCCUCUCAGACUUAGGAAGACGAAAAACGUUCCAUUUUAUUCUAUGAGUUUUAUUUGACAAUAUAAAGUCUUAUGACCGAGUAUACAUUUUUUAAAUAAUGUUUUCGGUGGGUUGAUUUGGUAUUAUGAAUAAUAAAUAUAAAAAUUUUAAGGGCCAUGCCAUUCUGAAGAGGUUUAUUCUAUCUGUAAGAUUUAUCGGAAGAUUGUUCCAUUUAAUUAGAUCUGCUUUCAUAUUGUUGAGUAAUGGGAUAAAGUUAUCUUUAAAUAUUUGUUGUUUGUUGUCAUUUAUUAAGCAUCCUAAGUAUUUGAUAUGUUUUGUGUUCCACUUAAAGGAUUGCUGUAGGUCAUGAGUUAUUUGUAUUUUUCCUAUUGCCAUUUUGUUUUUCCCACAUUCAUUUUAUAUCCUGAGAUUUUAGAGUAUUCUGAAAAUAUUUUUAGCAAGGGGGACAUUGAGUUUUUCAUCAGAUAAUGUAUUAUUUGUGUAUAUUUUAGCUUUAGGACAUUUUAUAUAAUAUUUUUAUUAAAUUUAUUAUUUCAGCCAGAAAGUUGAACGCGUCCAAAGUUUUGAAUAGAACAGGCCAUUCAAGAUGGUUGAAAGCCUUUUCGGCAUCAACAGCCAUUAUUGAUUAAUCUAUAUCUUGUUUUUUUGUAUAUUGUAUUUAACUGAAACAUGUUCUUGUAUUUGUAAGUGUACAAUUUUCAUAAACCCUGUUUGAUUAAUAUGUGUCAAGUAUGGUAAGACUUUUGCUGUUCUAUUGCUUAUGAGCUUUAUUAUUAUUUUAUUGUCACAAUUUAUUAAACUAAUGGGUCUGUAAUCAGCAGGGGAAUCUCCAGAUUGUCCUGGUUUUAAUAGAAUUUAAAUAAAUAUAUAUAUAUAUAUAUUUUUUUUUUUUAUUAUUUCAAGGGAUAUUGAUGUUUACAAUUCAAACUCCUGGCUAUUUUCAGUCAUCUUUUUCUCAUAGCACAAUGUUUAUUAUAUAAAUAAAAGUUGAUCCAGUGGUCAGACUAUGAAUCAUACACCGCCCCAUUGCAUUCUGGUUGUUUUAUUACUAUUUGUUGUUAUUGAACUUAGCUGUACUCUGGAGCAGCGCUUCUCAAGAAAGUCUGGCCGCAGCCCAACUAUGACCUCAUUUAAUUUGACUGUGGUUGUUUUAAAGUCCAUCUGUGUUAAAAGUCUUAUCUGCUUUUUCACCACACUGUGUCUGGUUAAUGAUCAAUAGGAAAUUAAUAGGGGAUAUUUGAAUACUCUCGCAAUGGCGGGAUUGCACCCAAAUAUUAUUUGUCAGCCAUAUUUCAUUUUCUACACAAAGAAACAGCCUGUACCUCAUUGUUUUCUACGACAUUGUUCCAGAAAUGAAUAGUAGGAAUGCACAUACAGUGAGGGGGAAAAAGUAUUUGAUCCCCUGCUGAUUUUGUACGUUUGCCCACUGACAAAGAAAUGAUCAGUCUAUAAUUUUAAUGGUAGGUUUAUUUGAACAGUGAGAGACAGAAUAACAACAAAAAAAUCCAGAAAAACGCAUGUCAAAAAUUAUUAAUUGAUUUGCAUUUUAAUGAGGGAAAUAAGUAUUUGACCCCUCUGCAAAACAUGACUUAGUACUUGGUGGCAAAACCCUUGUUGGCAAUCACAGAGGUCAGACGUUUCUUGUAGUUGGCCACCAGGUUUGCACACAUCUCAGGAGGGAUUUUGCCCCACUCCUCUUUGCAGAUCUUCUCCAAGUCAUUAAGGUUUCGAGGCUGACGUUUGGAACUCGAACCUUCAGCUCCCUCCAUAGAUUUUCUAUGGGAUUAAGGUCUGGAGACUGGCUAGGCCACUCCAGGACCUUAAUGUGCUUCUUCUUGAGCCACUUCUUUGUCGCCUUGGCCGUGUGUUUUGGGUCAUUGUCAUGCUGGAAUACCCACCCACGACCCAUUUUCAAUGCCCUGGCUGUGGGAAGGAGGUUCUCACCCAAGAUUUGACGGUACAUGGCCCCGUCCAUUGUCCCUUUGAUGCGGUGAAGUUGUCCUGUCCCGUUAGCAGAAAAACACCUCCAAAGCAUAAUGUUUCCACCUCCAUGUUUGACGGUGGGGAUUGUGUUCUUGGGGUCAUAGGCAGCAUUCCUCCUCCUCCAAAGACGGCAAGUUGAGUUGAUGCCAAAAAGCUCAAUUUUGGUCUCAUCUGACCACAACACUUUCACCCAGUUCUCCUCUGAAUCAUUCAGAUGUUCAUUGGCAAACUUUAGACGGGCAUGUAUAUGUGCUUUCUUGAGCAGGGGGACCUUGCGGGCGCUGCAGGAUUUCAGUCCUUCACGGCGUAGUGUGUUACCAAUUGUUUUCUUGGUGACUAUGGUCCCAGCUGCCUUGAGAUCAUUGACAAGAUCCUCCCGUGUAGUUCUGGGCUGAUUCCUCACCGUUCUCAUGAUCAUUGCAACUCCACGAGGUGAGAUCUUGCAUGGAGCCCCAGGCCGAGGGAGAUUGACAGGUAUUUUGUGUUUCUUCCAUUUGCGAAUAAUCGCACCAACUGUUGUCACCGUCUCACCAAGCUGCUUGGCGAUGGUCUUGUAGCCAAUUCCAGCCUUGUGUAGGUCUGCAAUCUUGUCCCUGACAUCCUUGGAGAGCUCUUUGGCCUUGGCCAUGGUGGAGAGUUUGGAAUCUAAUUGAUUGAUUGAUUGCUUCUGUGGACAGGUGUCUUUUAUACAGGUAACAAACUGAGAUUAGGAGCACUCCCUUUAAGAGUGUGCUCUUAAUCUCAGCUCGUUACUUGUAUAAAAGACACCUGGGAGCCAGAAAUCUUUCUGAUUGAGAGGGGGUCAAAUACUUAUUUCCCUCAUUAAAAUGCUAAUCAAUUUAUAACAUUUUUGACAUGUGUUUUUCUGGAUUUUGUUGUUAUUCUGUCUCUCACUGUUCAAAUAAACCUACCAUUAAAAUUAUAGACUGAUCAUUUCUUUAUCAGUGGGCAAACGUACAAAAUCAGCAGGGGAUCAAAUACUUUCUUCCCUCACUGUACAUAAAAGGAACAAAGCACUUCAUAGGCCUACAUCACAAUAUACAGAAAUAAUAAAACAUUUCUGUGAAAUUGAAUCGCAUUACUUUUUCUAAACUUUUCCCUUUAAUCAGACACUAAACCAGGGCUCUCCAACCCUGUUCCUGGAGAGCUACCCUCCUGUAGGUUUUCGUUUCAAGCCAUCAACCAGCUAAUUAUUAGAAUCCGGUGCGCUAGGUUAGGGUUGGAACAAAAACCUACAGGAUGCUAGCUCUCCAGAAACAGGAUUGGAGAGCCAUGCACUUGACUAAUGCCAACCAAGCCACAGCAAAGACACCAGGGUUGUAGUCAUUAGGCACCAAAUGGAAGAAAACGGACUGGCACAGUGAGAGACCACCUGCACUUUUCCAAUAAUUAACGCUUUUUUUCGUUUUCUGUUGUAAAAUGUAUUUUUUUUAAAUUACGAAAUGAACAUGACCCUGUUUUUGUGCUUGCUGCUGCAGUAGUGGUGUUUUUACUAGUGGUGUACACUAUGGCCUAGUGGUGUUUUUACUAGUGGUGUUCACUAUGGCCUAGUGGUGUUUUUUACUAGUGGUCUUCACUAUGGCCUAGUGGUGUUUUUACUAGUGGUGUACACUAUGGCCUAGUGGUGUUUUUUACUAGUGGUGUUCACUAUGGCCUAGUGGUUCUCAGUAUGUCUUAAUCCUCUCACCACAUCAUAACAGAUUUGCACAGAUGGAGAGGUCCUGUCUAUCUGUCUAGGCAGUCUGGCAUGAUUAUGUAAUCAAAACAGUGCUAGGAAUGUGUAAUUCUGGCUCUGCUUCAGGGGACACAAAGUUAGUACAUUAGUACAGGAUUCUCUGUCCUUUUUACUGUAUUUGGUCUAGCUAAACAGUGUCAGUAUUCCUUGUGAAAUGUAAUCAUAAAAUAAUUGAGUAUGGGCCUAUAAAAUAAUGAUCUAUCUUGACAUGACAUCAUACUACCUUAUUUCUAGAUAUUUUUUAAGGUAAGGAUAUAAACAACUGCAGCCAUGUUCAUGUACAGUGUGUGGCAGAACAAAACUGUGAGCAAUAAAGACCCUUCUGUUCAAACUCCAUUUUCAUCACUCACGUCAACUGUCAUCUCACCAGAGUAUCAAACAUUACGUGAUUACGUAAGUCUUCACUACCCCUGCAUCUUUAUGAUUGAUGCCUGUGUGUUUCAGCCUGCAAGACAGACAGAGACAUCUUAUUUCUCACUAGUGAAAUAUCCCCUCAGGACAUUGGUGUUUCAUACUGUUCUUUCAUCUUGAUUAAUAGUGUUGAUGUGAUUUAGGCUGGAGCGUGCCAGCUUGACAGCUUAUGUCUUACAGAUCCAUUUUCUAGCUGUUGGAAAUUUGGCAGUACAUUAGCUAUGUUUUCUCCUCUCCUUUGCUUCCAGACCAGACAUGUUCCAACUCCCCUUUACUCAUCUCUCGGUCUCUCUGUCUCGGUCUGUCUAUCUCUCUUCCUCUCACUCUCUCAUGCAUAUUGCUGCAAUGCACAGAAUGAUCUAGUCAAAUAUGCUGCAAUAGAGAAAUAUUGGAAGUUUGUCAGUGUCAAGAUCAACAUACCGUAUUUUCCGCACUAUAAGGCGCACCGGAGUAUAAGCCGCAGCAGCUAAAUUGAAUGAUGUGUACAUAUAUAAGCUGCACUGGACUAUAAGCCGCAGGUGUUUUAAUGUUUAAUUACCAUAUGUAAGGGUUCGUGCACAGAGGGGAUUGUCGGGAAAGAGAUGGCUGCUUGAGGAAGCUCCCAUUUAUUAACAUUUCAACAAACAAGUUGCAUAUUUGCAUAACGUAUUCCAGCAAAAUUAGUUAAUAGCGUCACAAUCAUUUAACCACUUAACUUUGGUUAUUUUUGAAAAACCUUGAAAAAAUUUGCACAUCUUUGAAUAUUUAUCUACAUUAUAGCCUACAGUAGUACCAUAACAAAAAACAAAGCUUACAGCGCUUGACGAGGCAAUAUCAAUGGCUAAAUUAAAUGUUUUUUUUAAAGUGCAAAAUAAAGUGCCUGUAACACGACAGUAAGCGCGUAAGCCUAAAGUUGCAGCAACACGGCUGCUUAAAAUAUACGGUAAUCAGCCUACCAGAAAAGUCAUUAAUCCUCGUCUUCAUCUUUUAGGCUUAUGUGCAGUACACGGCUGUAACCAAAAAAGUCAAGUCAUUAAUCCUCAUCUCCGUCUUCUUCCUGCGUACUAAAACCACCAAAGUCCUCAUCUUCAGUGUCGGAAACGAACAGGCUCAGGGUGGCUUCGUCAGCCACUCUCCUCUCUCCUUCGUUGACGCUCUCAAAACCAACGAACUCCUCUUCGUCACUGUCGGAAUCGAACAGCCUCUGAAGGGCCUCAGCUGUGGCGGCGUCCUCCUCUUCAUCACGCAGCAGUCCAGCCUUUCGGAACCCGUUAAUGAUCGUGGAUGUUUUGACACUCCUCCACGCUAUCAGGAUCCACUUGCAAACUUGACCGAAAGUUGCUUUUCGCAUGCGACCAGUUUUGGUGAAUGAUUUAUCGCCGCUAGUCAUCCACGCCCCCCACUGAACGCGUAGUGCCACUUUGAACGCACGAUUGACACUGAUGUCGAGUGGCUGCAGAUGCUUCGUUGUGCCCCCAGGAAUCACAGCUGGAAUGGAGUUUGUGCUCUUGAUGGCUGCUUUCACAUAAUCCGUUAUAUGGGCCCUCAUGCUGUCCAAAACGAGCAAAGCUUUUUUUGGGCGAAAGAAUCCUCCAGGGCGCUUGACGUAGCACUCAUUCAGCCACUCAUUCAUUAUGCUUUCCAUCAUCCACCCUUUCUUGUUGACUUUAAAGGAGAUGCCGUUCAGGAUAUUUUCUUUUGGCAUUGUAAUCCGCUUAAAAAUCACCAUUGGCGGAAGCUUUAAUCCAGAUGCUGUGCAGCCAAGAACACAAGUGAAAUUCGUUCUCUCGUGGCCAGUGGUUCUCAACGUGAUGGACGAUUCACCUUUCUUGUUAACAGUCCUAGUGAGAGGCAGGUCAAACGUCAAAGGCACAUCAUCCAUAUUUAUGAUCUGGUCCGGUCCGAUGGAAUAUUCCUCUAUCAUUCUUUGUGUGAAUUCGCCGAAGUUUGUUAUUUUUUCCUGGUAGUCGGGAGGGAUUUGGUGACACACAGUCAUCCGCGCCCUGAUGGACAGUCCCUUUCGUCUCAUAAAUCUGAAACACCAGGAUGGUCCACCUCUAAAAUUUUCAUUUUCAUUUCGGUGGCGACUGUUUCAGGUUUCAGUCGGAUCUGCACGGUGGAAACUCCGCGGCCGUCUGCUCUCUGUGUGUUCACCCAAUCUUCAAGAAAGUCUUCAAGUUCGGGCCAUCUGCUUUUAUUACCUCUGAAAGCUUUUUUUGACUUUUUGCAUUGAGACAGUUCUACCCGCUGGCGUCUCCAACGUCUCACCAUUGACUCAUUGAUGCCAAGGCUACGUGCUGCAGCUCUAUUUCCUUCUUUUACAGCCAGAUUGACUGCCUUUAACUUAAAAGCUGCAUCAUAUGCAUUUCUAAGUUUGUUUUCCAUAAUGAGGGUUUGUACAUUAAAACUUCCUUUGCACAAACUGUCUCGCUCUCGUAAUGUCUGUCUGUCUUGCUCUCGUUCUGUCUCUCGUACCACUCUCGGUUCCACUUUUACUUUUGCGCUACCUGUCUCACUCUUUUCCGGCCUCCAGCUUUUCCUGCUGGAGCCCUCCGCUUAAAGGUGGGGGGCGCGGACCGGUCAUAGAGCCCAUAGAGUUAAAGUUGGUGGACUGUAACCUGUAAAAUCCAUAGAUUUAGGAGGUCUUCUAGUGGCCGUUAGCUGUAAAAAUCCAUAGAUUAGCCGCACCGUUAUAUAAGCCGCAGGGGUCGAAAAAUUGGAAAAAAGGCGCGGCUUAUAGUCCGAAAAUUACGGUACUUCAACUAUGAACAAGACACAUUGUGCUGCAGUGCUGUGGGGGUUAUGGGAUGUUUACUGUACCAUGUGCUUAGAAGAGAGGGAGAAAGUUGUUGUGAAAAGCCAAAGUAAUUCGUUUUAUAAUGGGAAUGUUUAUUUAACUGAGUUGAUGUGUCUCUAGGUCUUGCCUAAUGCCGAUUGAUGACUGCAUGGAUCCUGUAAGAAAUGGUUUAAGUUGACUUGUUGCUUUAUGAGGAAAGGAGGCUGAGAGCAAUGGCUAGCUAGUAUGUUAACUAUUCUAGCUAACUAACUGGCUGAAUAAGUUGACGACGGAUUCACUCAAACUGUCAAAACUAACCCAAAACUUUACACAACGUUACACACGGACACAAAUGAUCUGCUUGGCGUGUUAACACACUGGUGGUUUGUUGUAACCGAGUAUUGGUGCUAAACCUUGUUAUUGGAGGCGUGCAUGCUAGUUGGCUAUGGCGUCAUAGGAUUCGGUGCCCUGGACGGUUUUCACGGAAGAAUACUGUACCAAGUUAGCUAGCUGAAUAAACUAAGUUAGAGUCUAUUCCUAGAAAACAUUGAACCGCUGUAGUUUACAACAAUUAUAAUUUCUAAAGUGGAAGUUGGGAGAAUUAUAUUUGAGUGUUUCAGUGAAACGUGAGGGAGGCCCCGCUCUCUCGCUUUCCCAGAUGUUUAGUUCAUUUCAUUCCGAUCUCCUUUGCAUUAUUGUAGCCAUUUUCUGUAGCCUGUCAAAUAUGUGUCUGUCUAUACCUGUUCUCUCCUCUCCGCACAGGCUACACAAACGCCUCACACCGUGUGGCUGCUGCCACUAACCUGGUGGUCCCUGCACGCACGACCCACGUGGAGUUCCAGGUCUCCGGCAGCCUCUGGAACUGCCGUUCUGUGGCCAACAAGGCAGAGUUCAUCUCAGCCUAUGCUACCCUCCAGUCCCUCGACUUCUUGGCGCUGACGGAAACAUGGAUUACCACUGAAAACACUGUUACUCCUACUGCUCUCUCCUCGUCUGACCAUGUGUUCUCGUAUACCCCGAGAGCAUCUGGUCAGCGGGGUGGUGGCACAGGAAUCCUCAUCUCUCCCAAGAGGACAUUCUCUCUAUCUCCUCAUUUGAAUUCCAUGCUGUCACAGUCACUAGCCCAUUCAAGCUUAACAUCCUUAUAAUUUAUCGCCCUCUAGGUUCUCUUGGAGAGUUCAUCAAUGAGCUUGAUGCCUUGAUAAGUUCCUUUCCUGAGGAUGGCUCACCCCUCACAGUUCUGGGUGACUUUAACCUCCCUACGUCUACCUUUGACUCAUUUCUCUCUUCCUCCUCCUUUCCACUCCUCUCCUCUUUUGACCUCACCCUCUCACCGUCCCCCCCCCUACUCACAAGGCAGGCAAUACGCUUGACCUCAUCUUUACUAGAUGCUGUUUUUCUACUAAUCUCACUGCAACUCCCCUCCAAGUCUCCGACCACUACUUUGUAUCCUUUUCUCUCUCGCUCUCCUCCAACACUACUCACUCUGCCCCUACUCAGAUGGUAAUGCGCCGUCGCAACCUUCGCUCUCUCUCUCCCGCUACUCUCUCCUCUUCCAUCCUAUCAUCUCUUCCCUCUGCUCCAUCCUUCUCCCUCCAAUCUCCUGAUUCUGCCUCCUCAACCCUCCUCUCCUCCCUUUCUGCAUCCUUUGACUCUCCAUGUCCCCUAUCCUCCCGGCCGGCUCGGUCCUCCCCUCGUGCUCCGUGGCUUGACGACUCAUUGCGAGCUCACAGAACAGGGCUCCGGGCAGCCGAGCGGAAAUGGAGGAAACUAGACUCCCUGCGGACCUGUCAUCUUUUCACUCCCUCCUCUCUACAUUUUCUUCCUCUGUUUCUGCUGCUAAAGCCACUUUCUACCACUUUAAAUUCCAAGCAUCUGCCUCUAACCAUAGGAAGCUCUUUGCCACCUUCUCCUCCCUGCUGAAUCCCCCCCUCUCUGUGGAUGACUUUGUCAACCAUUUUGAAAAGAAGGUUGACGACAUCCGAUCCUCGUUUGUUAAGUCAAAUGACACUGCGGGUCCUGCUCACACUGCCCUACCCUAUGCUUUGACUUCUUUCUCCCCUCUCUCUCCAGAUGAAAACUUGUGACGGCUGGCCGCCUAACAACCUGCCAGCUUGACCCUAUCCCCUCCUCUCUUCUCCAGACCAUUUCCGGAGACCUUCUCCCUUACCUCACCUCGCUCAUCAACUCAUCCUUGACCGCUGGCUAUGUCCCUUCCGUCUUCAAGAGUGCGAGAGUUGCACCCCUUCUCAAAAAACCUACACUCGAUCCCUCCGAUGUCAACAACUACAGACCAGUAUCCCUUUCUUUUCUGAUCCAAACCAGUCAGGUUUCAAGACUGGUCAUUCAACUGAGACUGCUUUUCUCUGUGUCACGGAGGCUCUCCGCACUGCUAAAGCUAACUCUCUCUCCUCUGCUCUUAUCCUUCUAGACCUAUCCGCUGCCUUUGAUACUGUGAACCAUCAGAUCCUCCUCUCCAUGCUCUCCGAGUUGGGCAUCUCCUGCGCUGCUCACUCUUGGAUUGCGUCCUACCUGACAGGUCGCUCCUACCAGGUGGCGUGGCGAGAAUCUGUCUCCGCACCACGUGCUCUCACCACUGGUGUCCCCCAGGGCUCAGUUCUAGGCUCUCUCCUAUUCUCGCUAUACACCAAGUCACUUGGCUCUGUCAUAUCCUCACAUGGUCUCUCCUAUCAUUGCUACGCAGACGACACACAAUUAAUCUUCUCCUUUCCCCCUUCUGAUAACCAGGUGGCGAAUCGCAUGUCUGGCAGACAUAUCAGUGUGGAUGAUGAUUCACCACUGCAAGCUGAACCUCGCAAGACGGAGCAGCUCUUCCUCCCGGGGAAGGACUGCCCGUUCCAUGAUCUCGCCAUCACGGUUGACAACUCUGUUGUGUUCUCCUCCCAGAGUGCAAAGAGCCUUGGCGUGACCCUGGACAACACCCUGUCGUUCUCCGCUAACAUCAAGGCGGUGACCCGAUCCUGUAGGUUUAUGCUCUACAACAUUCGCAGAGUACGACCCUGCCUUACACAGGGAGCGGCACAGGUCCUAAUCCAGGCACUUGUCAUCUCCCGUCUGGAUUACUGCAACUCGCUGUUGGCUGGACUCCCUGCCUGUGCCAUUAAACCCCUACAACUCAUCCAGAAUGCCGCAGCCCGUCUGGUGUUCAACCUUCCCAAGUUCUCUCACGUCACCCCGCUCCUCCGCACAAUCCACUGGCUUCCAGUUGAAGCUUGCAUCUGCUACAAGACCCUGGUGCUUGCCUACGGAGCUGUGAGGGGAACGGCACCUCCGUACCUUCAGGCUCUGAUCAGUCCCUACACCCAAACGAGGGCAUUGCGUUCAUCCAGCUCUGGCCUGCUGGCCCCCCUACCUCUGCGGAAGCACAGUUCCCACUCAGCCCAGUCAAAACUGUUCGCUGCUCUGGCACCCCAAUGGUGGAACAAGCUCCCUCACGACACCAGGACAGCGGAGUCACUCACCACCUUCCGGAGACACUUGAAACCCCACCUCUUUAAGGAAUACCUGGGAUAGGAUAAAGUAAUCCUUCUACCCCACCCCCCUAAAAAUUAAAUAAAAAUAAAUAAAUAAAUUGUAAAGUGGUUGUCCCACUGGCUAUCAUAAGGUGAAUGCACCAAUUUGUAAGUCGCUCUGGAUAAGAGCGUCUGCUAAAUGACGAAAAUGUAAAUGUAAAAUGAGGCUAAAUCCUACUCAAAUUGAUCCCUUUGUGGAAUCCCAAGAGGACUCCUACCCCCUACACCAGGGAUCGUCAAAUAGAUUCAGCCGUGGGUCUUUUGGUCGGGGGGCCGGAACAUAACCUGGCUUACCUUUGUAUACGAUCAGUGUCUCUCUAUUAUGCGUGGGAGUACUUGGGAACAGAUUUCAAAAAUUAAAUUCACUUAGAGCUGAUUUCCUGGUGUUUUUACAAUAUUUUGUAAAAAAAAAAAAAAAAAAACAAUACUAAUAAAUAGAAUAAAAUAACUUGGGGGGCAAAUUAAACCAUCCGUGUGCCAUAUUCGGCCCGCGGGCCAACAGUUGGGGAGCCCUGCUCUUCACCCUAAGGCCUAGCCGGGUCAAUUUUGGAUUCUGCGAUGUGUUAUAAGAUAGCUAGUUAAGGUUUAGUAAAGUUCAAGUUGUCACGAAGACAUGCUGUUUUCAAAAAGUGAAAUAACACAAAGGUAAACAAAGAACAGGAUGGACGUAUUUGGGGAAUAUAACUAUUGAUCUUUUCUGGUAUUACAGUUCAGACUGAUAAAGAGCAGUGUCUGGCUGUGGUGGAGAGGGCCAAUAAUAGAGCGCACCAUCUGUGUCAGUGAAGAAUGCGAAAUACUGUAUCUUUGAGACCUCUUCCUCUCCAUAUUGUUCUGUACAGAGGUGUUACCUACAGUACUCACCAGACCAUUGUCUGUUUCAAAAACUCCUGGGUGGCGCAGUGGUCUAAGGCACUGCAUCGCAGUGCUAACUGUGCCACUAGAGAUCCUGGUUCGAAUCCAGGCUCUGUCGCAGCUGGCCGUGACCAGGAGACUCAUGGGCGGCGCACAAUUGGCCCAGCGUCGUCCAGGGUAGGGGAGGGAAUGGCCGGCAGGGAUGUAGCUCAGUUGAUAGAGCAUGGCGUUUGCAACGCCAGGGUUGUGGGUUCGCUUCCCAUGGGGGGCCAGUAUAAAAAAAUAUGUAUUCACUAACUGUGUAAGUCGCUCUGGAUAAGAGCGUCUGCUAAAUGACUAAAAUAAAUAAUAAUAAUAAAAAAAACAUUGAAGAUAAAGAUUGGUGUAAUUUGUCAGAGCAUAUUGUUAUGAUGAUGUAAUCACCUCAAAGUUGAUCUCCUAUUGUAUACAUUCAGAUCUCAACACAGCCUUGUGACAUGAAAUUCAACCCCUUGUUUAUGGGUAUUACUGUAGGCCUAUAUACACCUGCACCUAAGCUGUGUUCGAUUACCCAUACUAACAUACUGUAUACUACAUACUUAAUGAGUGUAUACUAUUAGUUCAUUUUAGUGUACUGUAAAUGAGCUGUAUCCUUUCAGUUGAGCGUACUAGCGCUUUGCCUAUCUACCGGAAGUUGAUGCUGUUGCUAUGCAACUUCUUGCUAGCUUGUCAGCAUAACAAAUUACUAGCUAGACAUUUUACGACUUCAUUAACAAUGUCCAUUGAGAACUAUACCACUUAGCUAAGCUAAGAAUGACGUGAAUAAUCAAGUCAAUAAAAGGUGGUUAGUUAGAUAGCAUAUAGUUAAUACACUGUUCGAUGUAUUAGUAGCCAACUAAACAUUACGUAGCUAGCUAACAUGCCGGUACAUACUGCUGUAAUGAUAUUCUAUGCAGUUCGUAAGGAUAGCGUAGCUAAGAAAUUGUCAGCCAACAUAACGUGUAAUGUAACUUAUUUGGACUUUAAGUGUAUGUCCCUUUGUGUCAGUGUGUGUGUGUCCCUUUGUGUCUGUGUGUCAAUAAAGUCAUUACUUUAUUACAUUGCUCAACAUUUUCUUAACAUUUUUCAUAAUUAGGAUACAAAUUCAUUGCUUUAACUAUCUCGUCGGACUUCGGCUGCAUAUUUUCUGCCAUUUUCUUCAAAUCUGAAAACGUUGUGAAGCCCCGCCCAUUUUCUGAAUUGCAUUAUGGGCCCUAAAAGCACGGAAAUAGUGUCCACCGCUUGUAUACUUAGUAUUUUGGCGAAUGUAGUACCACAUCCGGGAACUUUUGGCAUACUAACUAUAUCCAUACUAUGACCAAUAAGAAUACUACAUACUCAAUUUAUGUCACAAAUAGUGCGGUUAGUAAGAGUAUUUGAAGACAUAAGGACCUAUGUGUUUGUUAACAAUUAUUGCCACCUAAAGGGUUAACAGCCUGGGAAAGACAUGUCUAAGAGAACUAGAAAAUAUGCAUUUCCUGAAGAAAAUAUGUGAUUGCUUCAACAGUCUAAACAUAUAAGAGGAAGAGGUCUUGCAGAAGCAAGCACAUUAAUAAAUGGGGGUAUUGUAGACCAGUGGGAUUGACUCUUCUAAAUUAUGUUCCGAAUAUAUUUUCAGUUACUCUGAAAUGAUCUCAUAUUGUGUGAUUGGUUGGGGCUGUAGGCUGAAUAUGUUUUACUAAGAUUGCAGAUGAGACACUCUGCCUGUCUCAGUUUAUGUGGACCAGCCUUGCGUCAUUGCAUCUCUUGUACUCAGGUUAGCCUUUCUACCCCAGAUUUAAUCAAUGAUAGGUUUUACAAGGAUGGUGCAACACACAUUUUCCUACGUUUGCAAUGCAACACUUAUUACAAUGUAUGGGUAAACAAGGAGUUGAUUAUGCACAGAGUUUUACAGCGCAACUACUGUACACACAUUGUACUCUCACUGGGAGGCUUUGUGAAGUUGUUAGAGGCACCACCAUUUUUCUCAGCACCCUGAGAAAAACUGUAGGGUCCAUUCACUGUUCCUACAAGUGAUCUCUAAUCAGGCUUUAGUAGUCAUACAGAAACAGUACUGAACAACAUUUACCUUCAGCCCCAUCACCAGCAUCUUCAUCUAAAGAAGUUCUUGUGACCUUUUUUCAAUCUGAGUUGGCCAUAACUAGGGCUGGGCGAUAUGGCCUAAAAAUCAUAUUUAGUUUUUUUAAACUUAUUCACAAUAUACACUACCGUUUAAAAGUUUGGGGUCACUUAGAAAUGUCCUUGUUUUUGAAAGAAAAGCAAUUAUUUUGUCUAUUUAAAAUAACAUAAAAUUGAUCAGAAAUACAGUGUAGACAUUAAUGUUGUCAAUGGCUAUUGUAGCUGGAAACGGCUGAUUUUUUUAUGGAAUACAUAGGCGUACAGAGGCCAAUUAUCAGCAACCAUCAGUCCUGUGUUCCAAUGGCACGUUGUGUUUGCUAAUCCAAGUUUAUCAUUAGAAAACCCUUUUGCAAUUAUGUUAGCACAGCUGAAAACUGUUGUGCUGAUUAAAGAAGCAAUAAACUGGCCUUCUUGAGACUAGUUGAGUAUCUGGAGCAUCAGCCAUUGUGGGUUCGAUUACAGGCUCAAAAUUGCCAGAAACAAAUAACUUUCUUCUGAAACUCGUCAGUCUCUUCUUGUUCUGAGAAAUGAAGGCUAUUCCUUGCGAGAAAUUGCCAAGAAACUGAAGAUCUCGUACAACGCUGUGUACUACUCCCUUCACAGAACAGCGCAAACUGUCUCUAACCAGAAUAGAAAGAGGAGUGGGAGGCCCCGGUGCACAACUGAGCAAGAGGACAAAUACAUUAGUGUCUAGUUUGAGAAACAGACGCCUCACAGGUCCUCAACUGGCAGCUUCAUUAAAUAGUACCCGCAAAACACCAGUCUCAACGUCAACAGUGAAGAGGCGACUCCGGGAUGCUGACCUUCUAGAAGAGUUGCAAAGAAAAAGCCAUAUCUCAGACUGGCUAAUAAAAAUAAAAGAUUUACGCCUAUGUAGAUAUUCCAUAAAGAAUCUGCCGUUUCCAGCUACAAUAGCCAUUGACAACAUUAACAAUGUCCACACUGUAUUUCUGAUCAAUUUGAUGUUAUUUUAAUGGACAAAAAAAUUGCUUUAAUUUCGAAAACAAGGACAUUUCUAAGUGACCCCAAACUUUUGAACGGUAGUUGUGUGUGUAUACAGUGAGGGGAAAAAAGUAUUUGAUCCCCUGCUGAUUUUGUACGUUUGCCCACUGACAAAGACAUGAUCAGUCUAUAAUUUUAAUGGUAGGUUUAUUUGAACAGUGAGAGACAGAAUAACAACAACAAAAUCCAGAAAAACGCAUGUCAAAAAUGUUAUAAAUUGAUUUGCAUUUUAAUGAGGGAAAUAAGUCUUUGAGCCCUCUGCAAAACAUGACUUAGUACUUGGUGGCAAAACCCUUGUUGGCAAUCACAGAGGUCAGACGUUUCCUGUAGUUGGCCACCAGGUUUGCAAACAUCUCAGGAGGGAUUUUGUUCCAUCCUCCUUUGCAGAUCUUCUCCAAGUCAUUAAGGUUUCGAGGCUGACGUUUGGCAACUCGAACCUUCAGCUCCCUCCACAGAUUUUCUAUGGGAUUAAGGUCUGGAGACUGGCUAGGCCACACCAGGACCUUAAUGUGUUUCUUCUUAAGCCACUCCUUUGUUGACUUGGCCGUGUGUUUUGGGUCAUUGUCAUGCUGGAAUACCCAUCCACGACCCAUUUUCAAUGCCCUGGCUGAGGGAAGGAGGUUCUCACCCAAGAUUUGACGGUACAUGGCCCCGUCCAUCGUCCCUUUGAUGCGGUGAAGUUGUCCCCGCACCAACUGUUGUCACCUUCUCACCAAGCUGCUUGGCGAUGGUCUUGUAGCCCAUUCCAGCCUUGUGUAGGUCUACAAUCUUGUCCCUGACAUCCUUGGAGAGCUCUUUGGUCUUGGCCAUGGUGGAGAGUUUGGAAUCUGAUUGAUUGCUUCUGUGGACAGGUGUCUUUUAAACAGGUAACAAGCUGAGAUUAGGAGCACUCCCUUUAAGAGUGUGCUCCUAAUCUCAGCUCGUUACCUGUAUAAAAGACACCUGGGAGCCAGAAAUCUUUCUGAUUGAGAAGGGGUCAAAUACUUAUUUCACUCAUUAAAAUGCAAAUCAUUUUAUAACAUUUUUGACAUGCGUUUUUGUGUUUCUUUUGUUGUUGUUCUGUCUCUCACUGUUCAAAUAAACCUACCAUAAAAAUUAUAGACUGAUAAAUUAUUUGUCAGUGGGAAAGCGUACAAAAUCAGCAGAGGAUCAAAUACUUUUUUACCUCACUGUGUGUAUGUAUGUAUGUAUGUAUGUAUGUACAGUGGGGAGAACAAGUAUUUGAUACACUGCCGAUUUUGCAGGUUUUCCUACUUACAAAGCAUGUAGAGGUCUGUAAUUUUUAUCAUAGGUACACUUCAACUGUGAGAGACGGAAUCUAAAACAAAAAUCCAGAACAACACAUUGUAUGAUUUUUAAGUAAUUAAUUUGCAUUUUAUUGCAUGACAUAAGUAUUUGAUACAUCAGAAAAACAGAACUUAAUAUUUGGUACAGAAACUUUUGUUUGCAAUUACAGAGAUCAUACGUUUCCUGUAGGUCUUGACCAGGUUUGUACACACUGCAGCAGGGAUUUUGGCCCACUCCUCCAUACAGACCUUCUCCAGAUCCUUCAGGUUUCGGGGCUGUCGCUGGGCAAUACGGACUUUCAGCUCCCUCCAAAGAUGUUCUAUUGUGUUCAGGUCUGGAGACUGGCUAGGCCACUCCAGGACCUUGAGAUGCUUCUUACGGAGCCACUCCUUAGUUGCCCUGGCUGUGUUUUUCGGGUCGUUGUCAUGCUGGAAGACCCAGCCACGACCCAUCUUCAAUGCUCUUACUGAGGGAAGGAGGUUGUUGGCCAAGAUAUCGCGAUACAUGGCCCCAUCCAUCCUCCCCUCAAUACGGUGCAGUCGUCCUGUCCCCUUUGCAGAAAAGCAUCCCCAAAGAAUGAUGUUUCCACCGCCAUGCUUCACGGUUGGGAUGGUGUUCUUGGGGUUGUACUCAUCCUUCUUCUUCCUCCAAACACGGCGAGUGGCGUUUAGACCAAAAAGCUCUAUUUCUGUCUCAUCAGACCACAUGACCUUCUCCCAUUCCUCCUCUGGAUCAUCCAGAUGGUCAUUGGCAAACUUCAGACGGGCCUGGACAUGCGCUGGCUUGAGCAGGGGGACCUUGCGUGCGCUGCAGGAUUUUAAUCCAUGACGGCGUAGUGUGUUACUAAUGGUUUUCUUUGAGACUGUGGUCCCAGCUCUAUUCAGGUCAUUGACCAGGUCCUGCCGUGUAGUUCUGGGCUGAUCCCUCACCUUCCUCAUGAUCAUUGAUGCCCCACGAGGUGAGAUCUUGCAUGGAGCCCCAGACCGAGGGUGAUUGACCGUCAUCUUGAACUUCUCCCAUUUUCUAAUUAUUGCGCCAAUAGUUGUUGCCUUCUCACCAAGCUGCUUGCCUAUUGUCCUGUAGCCCAUCCCAGCCUUGUGCAGGUCUACAAUUUUAUCCCUGAUGUCCUUACACAGCUCUCUGGUCUUGGCCAUUGUGGAGAGGUUGGAGUCUGUUUGAUUGAGUGUGUGGACAGGUGUCUUUUAUACAGGUAACGAGUUCAAACAGGUGCAGUUAAUACAGGUAAUGAGUGGAGAACAGGAGGACUUCUUAAAGAAAAACUAACAGGUCUGUGAGAGCCAGAAUUCUUACUGGUUGGUAGGUGAUCAAAUACUUAUGUCAUGCAAUAAAAUGCAAAUUAAUUACCUAAAAAUCAUACAAUGUGAUUUUCUGGAUUUUUGUUUUAGAUUCCGUCUCUCACAGUUGAAGUGUACCUAUGAUAAAAAUUACAGACCUCUACAUGCUUUGUAAGUAGGAAAACCUGCAAAAUCGGCAGUGUAUCAAAUACUUGUUCUCCCCACUGUAUGUAUGUACAGUGGGGGAAAAAAGUAUUUAGUCAGCCACCAAUUGUGCAAGUUCUCCCACUUAAAAAGAUGAGAGAGGCCUGUAAUUUUCAUCAUAAGUACACGUCAACUAUGACAGACAAAAUGAGAGAAAAAAAAUCCAGAAAAUCACAUUGUAGGAUUUUUAAUGAAUUUAUUUGCAAAUUAUGGUGGAAAAUAAGUAUUUGGUCAAUAACAAAAGUUUCUCAAUACUUUGUUAUAUACCCUUUGUUGGCAAUGACACAGGUCAAAUGUUUUCUGUAAGUCUUCACAAGGUUUUCACACACUGUUGCUGGUAUUUUGGCACAUUCCUCCAUGCAGAUCUCCUCUAGAGCAGUGAUGUUUUGGGGCUGUCGCUGGGCAACACAGACUUUCAACUCCCUCCAAAGAUUUUCUAUGGUGUUGAGAUCUGGAGACUGGCUAGGCCAUUCCAGGACCUUGAAAUGCUUCUUACGAAGCCACUCCUUCGUUGCCCGGGCGGUGUGUUUGGGAUCAUUGUCAUGCUGAAAGACCCAGCCACGUUUCAUCUUCAAUGCCCUUGCUGAUGGAAGGAGGUUUUCACUCAAAAUCUCACGAUACUUGGCCCCAUUCAUUCUUUCCUUUACACGGAUCAGUCGUCCUGGUCCCUUUGCAGAAAAACAGCCCCAAAGCAUGAUGUUUCCACUUCCAUGCUUCACAGUAGGUAUGGUGUUCUUUGGAUGCAACUCAGCAUUCUUUGUCCUCCAAACACGACGAGUUGAGUUUUUACCAAAAAGUUCUAUUUUGGUUUCAUCUGACCAUAUGACAUUCUCCCAAUCCUCUUCUGGAUCAUCCAAAUGCACUCUAGCAAACUUCAGACGGGCCUGGACAUGUACUGGCUUAAGCAGGGGGACACGUCUGGCACUGCAGGAUUUGAGUCCCUGGCGGCGUAGUGUGUUACUGAUGGUAGGCUUUGUUACUUUGGUCCCAGCUCUCUGCAGGUCAUUCACUAGGUCCCCCCGUGUGGUUCUGGGAUUUUUGCUCACCGUUCUUGUGAUCAUUUUGACCCCACGGGGUGAGAUCUUGCGUGGAGCCCCAGAUCGAGGGAGAUUAUCAGUGGUCUUGUAUGUCUUCCAUUUCCUAAUAAUUGCUCCCACAGUUGAUUUCUUCAAACCAAGCUGCUUACCUAUUGCAGAUUCAGUCUUCCCAGCCUGGUGCAGGUCUACAAUUUGUUUCUGGUGUCCUUUGACAGCUCUUUGGUCUUGGCCAUAGUGGAGUUUGGAGUGUGACUGUUUGAGGUUGUGGACAGGUGUCUUUUAUACUGAUAACAAGUUCAAACAGGUGCCAUUAAUACAGGUAACGAGUGGAGGACAGAGGAGCCUCUUAAAGAAGUUACAGGUCUGUGAGAGCCUGAAAUCUUGCUUGUUUGUAGGUGACCAAAUACUUAUUUUCCACCAUAAUUUGCUAAUAAAUUCAUUAAAAAUCCUACAAUGUGAUUUUCUGGAUUUUUUUCUCUCCAAUUUGUCUGUCAUAGUUGACGUGUACUUAUGAUGAAAAUUACAGGCCUCUCAUCUUUUUAAGUGGGAGAACUUGCGCAAUUGGUGGCUGACUAAAUACUUUUUUCCCCCACUGUAUGUAUGUAUGUAUAUGUAUGUGUGUGUGUGUGUGUGUAUAUGUAUGUAUGUAUAUAUAUAUAUAUAUAUAUAUAUAUAUAUGUAUAUAUAUAUAUAUAUAUAUAUAUAUAUAUAUAUAUAUGUAUAUGUAUAUGUAUAUGUAUAUAUAUAUAUAUAUAUAUAUAUAUAUAUGUAUAUAUGUAUAUAUAUGUGUAUGUAUAUAUAUGUGUAUAUAUUUAUACACACACACAUACAGUUGAAGUCGGAAGUUUACAUUCACUUAGGUUGGAGUCAUUAAAACUUGUUUUUCAACCACUCCACAAAUUUCUUGUUAACAAACUAUAGUUUUGUCAAGUCGGUUAGGACUGCUACUUUGUGCAUGACACAAGUACUUUUUCAAACAAUUGUUUGCAGACAGAUUAUUUCACUGUAUCACAAUUCCAGUGGGUCAGAAGUUUACAUACACUAAGUUGACUAUGCCUUUUAAACAGCUUGGAACAUUCCAGAAAACGAUGUCAUGGCUUUAGAAGCUUCUGAUAGGCUAAUUGACAUCAUUUGAGUCAAUUGGAGGUGUCCCUUCAAAAUCAGUGCCUCUUUGCUUGACAUCAUGGGAAAAUCAAAAGAAAUCAGCCAAGACCUCAGAAAAAAACAUUGUAGACCUCCACAAGUCUGGUUCAUCCUUGGGAGCAAUUUCCAAAUGCCUGAAGGUACCACGUUCAUCUGUACAAACAAUAGUACGCAAGUAAAAACACCAUGAGACCACGCGGCCGUCAUACCGCUCAGGAAGGAGACGCGUUCUGUCUCCUAGAGAUGAACGUACUUUUGGUGUGAGAAGUGCAAAUCAAUCCCAGAACAACAGCAAAGGUGUCACGAGAAUUUCUAUUUCUAAUUAAACUCAAUGCUUUGAAUAUUUCCCAGUGGGUGUAAGGCUCUGGUUUUCAUGAAUUAAACAGAUCUCCAGUCAGCAAGAAUCAUCAGUAUCUUUAUUCAUGAGAGCUCUGGCGCCCAAACACACAGACUUUUUAUAUCCCUUCACACAAAGGAACUUUGCACCUCCCACCUUUUAGGCGGCCUGUACAUUUCCACAGUCUAACCCCCUCCUCUGUUAGUGGGUUUAUAAUGAUAACCCUAACAGAGUUUACACAGUCAUUAUCAGUAUCGGGGUGGAACAAUUUUAGUCAUUUACCAUAAUUCCUCUGUCAAAAGGACCUUGUGAGGAUGCUGGAGGAAACAGGUACAAAAGUAUCUAUAUCCACAGUAAAACGAGUCCUAUAUCGACGUAACCUGAAAGGCCGCUCAGCAAGGAAGAAGCCACUGCUCUAAAACCGCCAUAAAAAGCCAGACUACGGUUUGCAACUGCACAUGGGGACAAAGAUCGUACUUUUUGGAGAAAUGUCCUCUGAUCUGAUGAAACAAAAAUAGAACUGUUUGGCCAUAAUGACCAUCGUUAUGUUUGAAGGAAAAAGGGUGGGCUUGCAAGCCGAAGAACACCAUCCCAACUGUUUUUAGUUUUUGCUGUCAUAAAGGCUUAACCUUUUAUUUUUUUAUUUUUUUUUACAAGACUCUCAGGUACGCUUAUAAUUGAUUUAGUGUUUACAUUGUUCCAAACAGUCAAAUUAUAUUGUAAUCUAACAGCACCUGUUUGGCACACAGAAUAUGCAUGCAGCGCUUGCUCCUUUAUCUUAUUUUUCUUGAUCUCCAGUAUUUUCCACGACUAGUCAAAUUUAUUCCACAGAUCUGACUCCCCUUUACCUAGGGCUGUUCUUUCGACCAAUCAAUUGGUAAAUAUUUUUACAUGUGAAUUUUUCCAUAUGUGUUUUAAUAAAAUCAACAAUAUGCAUUGAGCUUGUCUGAUGCUUUAAGCUUACGGUUUGAUGAAAUAAGCCAAAUGCCUCGGAUGCCAGAGAUCUAGAUAACCAGAAGAAAAAAACCAGACCCAACUAUUCUCCUUCUGCUCCUGCUGGCUUUCGCAGAUUCUGCCGUUAUUUUCCUGAAGUUGCCGGUAAUAGGCUACACGAGGAGUCGGCAACCUUUCUCAUGUGGAAUGCCAAUUUAUCUGACCAUUUCUACCCAUCUGCGUUCCAGUUAUGGUUUUCAUAUGCACAUUUUCAUGGAACAGUUUCAUUUAAUAUAUAAUGUCUUCAUAUCUCAAUCAUUGUCAUGUGGUUAAUCAACAUUCUAUCCAAAUCUAAAUGAAAAUGAUACAAACCUAAAAAGUAACUUAUAUUGCCAACUAUGUGAAAAUAGCCUACAUGGUCAACCCAAGAUUAUUUUAGUCGGGGACAGCCCUACUUGUAGCAGGCAUUAUGCUAUGGAACACCGGUUUCAUCAUCAAUCUCUCAAGCCCAAGUGCUAGUGAUUAGCCAGCUAAUCUUUUAUAUUUCAAGUUUAGCCAACUUGGAUCUGUUUGCUAGCUAAUAAGGUUGAACAGUUGAGUUGUUAUGAACACACCCUUCUGUCUGUCUCCAACUGUUUGAAAAGCAUGCUAGCCUGUCCACUUUGUUCUGAUGUUGAAAUCAAGUGGCCUACCUUAUUUCUCAGAAUGAGAGGGAGUUGCCAAUUCCUUAUAGAAUUGUUUUAUGCUUAUUACACAUUUAUAAAACACAGACUAGACCACUAGUAUAACAGUAUUUGGCUAAAAUGCUGUUAGCGGUAACCCAAUGCUGCGCGCGACAAACCUGAGCAUUCAUUUUCCAGAAUCAAUGUUCAUUGAUACUCUUAUUUUAGUAGUGUCUGCUCUGCACGCAAUUUGAGGAGUUGAGACAUAAAAAGGGUAUCGUUAGAAAAGUUAACUUCUCCUUUAUUACAGUAAAAUAAUGUCACAAUGUCUUUUGGUGUCCAUGUGACCGACUCUGUUGGACCAAACCUCAAAUGCUAAUAGCGAUUUGAAACCGCUUGUCAGAGGGGAAAUAUGAUCUCACCUUUGUUGGCGUGAGAUGCAGGGGCUUGGUGUGUGUGUGUGUGUAAACCAUAGAGGAAGAGGCGAAGCGAGAGGUUUCGCUCUCGCUAAAAUAUGUCCCAAAUAAGCCCACCGGUUUCUAUGGGCUUAUUUUGGACCUAAGCUUGCCUUCCCGCCUUUGGGACAACGACUGCCAUUGUUAGGGUGGAGACAUGUAUCUCGUAAUUUUAUACAUAUCUUUGGUGUAAAUGGGAAGGUGCACACAGAGGAGCAAAGGAGACGAGACCAAAAAUACAACAUGAGAACAAGCAGAUAUAAACGCUCAUAAAAACAAAAAAUAACAAAACCUUGAUUCUUGCGAUACAGGCAUUUUGGAAUAUCGUGCAAAAACAUACAUUCGAAUUAAUGAAAUGAAUUAGAUAAAUCUCCCAGCCAUAACCCACCAGUGGGGUUCUUGAUCCACCAUUUGGGAUGCAUUGACCUAACCUAACAUCCUCCUUUCCUCUCCUGCAGUUGGAUAACAUCCUGUACCCUCCAUCCAUGCCCUUCCGGAAGUCCAGUAACCCUGAGGUGAUCCACGGCCUCGCCCUCAAGUUUAAGAGACAGCUCAGUGAGGACGGCAACAACCUCCGCAGGGGAAGCCUAGGGGGCGCUCUCACAGGUAACAAACAUAUUGCCCUGCAGGUGCACAUACUGUACACACACACAUGCAAAAAUGCUAGCAUAUGCAAGCAUGUACUUAUGCAUGCACACACGCAGGAACACACAGAAACACAAGAUCAAGAAGAUGCUUCUCUGUGACCAUUUACCAGUGAAUUAGAUAUGAACGGUGAGCCAUACAAUGUGUUUUGUUCUGUUUGGCUAAUAAUGCAGUGAGGAGUGAACUGGAGCUGUGCUCUGACUGGGACACUCAGUAAGGAUUUCCUCUCCUGGCUGGUGUGUGAUGAGCACUGGUGAGGAAGCCAUCUCACUGAGAGGAAGAAAGGAUCACCAUUUUCCUCUCUGUCAUCCUGUUUCCCCCCCAGGCUUUACAGUAAGGCACCGGAUGCCAUGGGAUGGGGACAUGUCUUAGAACACCGGGGUCGUGUUCAGGAGGGCAUACUGUAGCAUAGUACCUUUCAACGGGAGACAAAAAUCUGUGUUCUUAGUGGACAAAUUCAGGUUGUGCCUCCCAGUUUUGAAACGAUUGCUCCCUACUGAACAGGACCCAGGUAGAGAAGCAGAUGUGUGUGUGUGUGUGUGUGUCCUAAGUCUAGGUGAAGAGUUAGAUAACUGUUGCAGAGGGAAAAGGCGUUCAUGGAGAAGGGAAAAUGUCAAACUAAAACAAUUGGUGACUAGUUAUGGUAGGCAGUCUGAAAGACACACACACACACAAUCCAUUUACAAAAUGAUGUUGCAUGGUUUAAUAACAGUAGAAAAACGAACCUCCUUAACCCUACCUGAAGUAUUUUCUAAGGUAAGUGAUUUUGUGCUGUGAGGUCACCAUACAUGGGGAUAGGUGAAAAUCCUCUUCAGCAUCACAUCUCCGUCAGCCUCUUUUGAAAUGCAUGAGGAAAGGCAGGACAUUUUGGUAACGCAAGGCUCAUGCAUGUGUAAUGCUCCUAGGCUUACUGUAGAGUCUUGUCGCACUGCGCUCACGUGCCUCUUUUCAUGAGCCAGGCUAUCAUACUCUCAUGUGAAAAGCAUUUGGGGGAGUAAAGGAGAUGGAAGAUAUGGUUAUUUCGACAGAUUGGAAAGGCUAAAUAGUUGAUUGAGUUGGGUGUAAAGCAUGAUGCCUGAAGUGUAGGACAACCACGUCACACACACACGUACAGUGGGGGAAAAAACUAUUUAGUCAGCCACCAAUUGUGCAAGUUCUCCCACUUAAAAAGAUGAGAGAGGCCUGUAAUUUUCAUCAUAGGUACACGUCAACUAUGACAGACAAAUUGAGAAUUUUUUCCAGAAAAUCACAUUGUAGGAUUUUUAAUGAAUUUAUUUGCAAAUUAUGGUGGAAAAUAAGUAUUUGGUCACCUACAAACAAGCAAGAUUUCUGGCUCUCACAGACCUGUAACUUCUUCUUUAAGAGGCUCCUCUGUCCUCCACUCGUUACCUGUAUUAAUGGCACCUGUUUGAACUUGUUAUCAGUAUAAAAUACACUGCUUAAGCCAGUACAUGUCCAGGCCCGUCUGAAGUUUGCUAGAGUGCAUUUGGAUGACCCAGAAGAGGAUUGGGAGAAUGUCAUAUGGUCAGAUGAAACCAAAAUAGAACUUUUUGGUAAAAACUCAACUCGUCGUGUUUGGAGGACAAAGAAUGGUGAGUUGCAUCCAAAGAACACCAUGCCUACUGUGAAGCAUGGGGGUGGAAACAUCAUGCUUUGGGGCUGUUUUUCUGCAAAGGGACCAGGACGACUGAUCCGUGUAAAGGAAAGAAUGAAUGGGGCCAUGUAUCGUGAGAUUUUGAGUGAAAACCUCCUUCCAUCAGCAAGGGCAUUGAAGAUGAAACGUGGCUGGGUCUUUCAGCAUGACAAUGAUCCCAAACACACCGCCCGGGCAACGAAGGAGUGGCUUCGUAAGAAGCAUUUCAAGGUCCUGGAGUGGCCUAGCCAGUCUCCAGAUCUCAACCCCAUAGAAAAUCUUUGGAGGGAGUUGAAAGUCCGUGUUGCCCAGCGACAGCCCCAAAACAUCACUGCUCUAGAGGAGAUCUGCAUGGAGGAAUGGGCCAAAAUACCAGCAACAGUGUGUGAAAACCUUGUGAAGACUUACAGAAAACGUUUGACCUGUGUCAUUGCCAACAAAGGGUAUAUAACAAAGUAUUGAGAAACUUUUGUUAUUGACCAAAUACUUAUUUUCCACCAUAAUUUGCAAAUAAAUUCAUUAAAAAUCCUACAAUGUGAUUUUCAGGAUUUUCUUUUCUCAAUUUGUCUGUCAUAGUUGACGUGUACCUAUGAUGAAAAUUACAGGCCUCAUCUUUUUAAUAAUAAUAAUAAUAAUAAUAAUAUGCCAUUUAGCAGACGCUUUUAUCCAAAGCGACUUACAGUCAUGCGUGCAUAAGUGGGAGAACUUGCACAAUUGGUGGCUGACUAAAUACUGUUUUUCCCCACUGUAUGUAAUCCCAUGCACACAUACACACAUACAAUAGGCAAACAGAAGGUUUUACAUAUCACCAUGGUAUUACCUACACUUGUUGGUCGUGACUUCAGUUGAAUAGCUUCUCAGGGAGCUGUUGACUCUUGUUUUUGACGUUUCAUUUGAACUCGUUGCUCUCGUUUCCAUCGCCUCUUCAUUUGUACAUUUCAUGCACCCAUUUCGCUUCGAGUUGUCUUCACAGCACUGUUACGUGCAGACAAUUUCAGCAGUGCCAGCGUGGCAGACAGAACCAAAAUAAUAAGACAUUUGCUUCUUCAGCCACAUAUUGCAAAUCCCAAAUUAGACAAAGGCGCUUCGCUGUAAGUGGUUGAAUUCUCACUUGUCAGAGCGGUGUGCAUCAUAUGUGAUCAGACUCUUCAUUUCACCCGUCUGAUUGCAUCCUUAUUCAAGGGACGAUCAGGCAUUUUAGCUAGCUGUUUGAGUUGGCACGAUUCAUCAGUGUUCACGUUUGGCUAGGUCUUUCUUGGGCUGUAGACUAAAGCAGAUCAAGAAUAUCUAAAUGCAGUGAGUGUGAAAGUGAACGCUAUGCACUCUAUCGCUGUCUGGCUUCAAUGGGCAGAGCUGGAGGGACUUAGACUAUAUACGUUGGACAACAUGGAACAAUUUUUAUUUGUAUUAUAUUUUAGGUCAUCAGAUUCCAGUGGUUUGAAGGCCACACCUGCUGACAUUGUCCCCCUGGCAUUUUCUUGAUCAGCUAAUGUUAUUGAUUUGCCAGAGUCCACACACCUUCUUACCAAGGUCUCUAUCGGUCUCUGAUCAAACGGCAAGAUCAAGGAUCAAAACCCAGCUUACACCACGGCCCCCAAUGACCAAAAUCCAGUUUACACCACGGCCCCCCAGGACCAGACCCAGCUUACACCAAGGCCCCCCAGGACCCAGCUUACACCACGGCCCCCCAGGACCCAGCUUACACCACGGCCCCCCAGGACCCAGCUUACACCACGGCCCCCCAGGACCCAGCUUACACCACGGCCCCCCAGGACCAGACCCAGCUUACACCACGGCCCCCCAGGACCAGACUCAGCUUACACCACGGCCCCCCAGGACCAGAGUUUUGCUGCUCUAAACACAUUAGGCCAUAGCGAGGUGAGCGUAGUGUCUCCCUCUUUUCUACUCCACUCCGCAAAAACUGUUAAUCCUCCCAUUUUGGCCGCUGACUUGCCGUGCGUCCUUCAACAAGAAAUGGAAUUAAACACACACAUGGAAGUCUAGAGGGGAUGAGUGGGAUGAUAAGAGCCCGGAGGGUGGCACACAAUUCCAGGGAGACUCUUUUCAAUUUACUGCCAGGAGCCUCAAUGACAUAAGUCCUAGUGUGCUUGACUGUUGAUGGUAAUCGUACCACCUGUGCACCUACUGCCAUCUAGCGACUGUUACUGGGAGACAACUCUUGGGGAAAGAAACUUAAGAAAAUAUAAAAUAUUUGCCCCUGAAAAUAUGUAUUUAUUCAGAGCUUGUUAAUCUUAGGAUUCUAUGUAUGAAACAUCUCUUCAACAUGCCCUUGCUCAGACACAUCUCAUUUUUAUUUAAUCAUUUAUUAAUCUAUUGGAUUACUUUCUUGUUUGAGGUAUACUAUAAUAAAACAAAAAAUACAUCUCAUAAAUCAGUGUAAAAGUAUCCUUCCUGUAUUAUAGCCUUCUAUGAAUAUAUUAUCUGGGUCUUCAUGCAAGUUCAGGUAUGCCUCGUGGUUGUGCAGUGUUUGUAGCGUCACUGAUCUCGUAAGUGGAUUGACUUUCACUGCUGCCUCAUUUACCCCCUGUGAGCCUAAGAUGUUUUAGGGGCUUCAGCUCAGUCUCUCUAAACAGAGGAGAAAGACCGGGGCAGAGCUCAGUUCAUUUCUGUGAAGCACUCAAUGAUAAUGUAAUUUGUUUUUGUAUGACCUUGUAUUUAUUAUCCAUUCACAUGGGCAAAUGGUGUGAGUAGGCCACGGGUAUCCUCAUAGCGUGAAUGUGUCCUUGGCUCCUAGUCUUUUUUACACCCAAAAUAAAAUCAGUAAAAUGUUGCUUUUUUUUAAAGCUAAUUUACUGCAAUUCUACACAUUAUACAAUGGCUUAUGCCAUAUUAUUAUCCUAUCUGAGUGACACAAACAUAACAAACUCAUUGGGGCCUCAUGCCGUGACAUUUUUGGAAUUUUAGGAUCUCCCUGACUGUCUAGUUUUUAUUUUGAUCAUUGUUAGUUCUCAAAGAUUAUCUUAUUAAAAAAUGUAUUGCUCCAUUAUCUUUUCUACAUACUUCAUAUCUGGUUUUAGUAGUUGUUUACACAAAAUGUUUUAUCAUUCCUAAAAUUAUCAUAAUUUUUUUUAAAUGUAUAUAUUUUUUGUAGUGGCGGCAAUGCUGGUUGUCGGUCUUGUCCUACAGGAAAGUAUCUUCUCUCUAUAGUUUAAAUACUGUUGUGUGUCUUGUCCUAUAGGAAAGUACCUGCUGCCCUAUGUGUCGCCCCAGCAGGCAUGGCAGACCCCCUCAGAGACCUCCAACCUGGUGCGGAUGUGCUCCACCACCCUGGGGAAGUCCGCCCCCUCACUUACCUCUAGUCUGGUGAGUACUUAUGGGUCAUGACCUCCCAUGAUUCCACUUCCACAACUCUGUCCCCCCAUGCUUUGAUGUUGAGACCAGGAUAUUGUUAAUCAGAUAUUUGAUUGCCGUAUUUAUCAGAAGUUUUUGGCAUACAAGCCAUUCAGCAUUUCAGUACAAUGAAUACACAUCAACUGAACGUCAAUCAGUCAAAAUGGCAAACAAAAUGUAAUGUAAUCUCAAAGUAUAGUAGUAGUGAUUCAUAUUUUGUCAGAGCCUUAUUAGUAUUAAGAGCGUCUGCAAAAUAAUGUAAAUGUAUUCAGGCCCUUAAUGUUCCACAAUCAAUGCCCAAUUAAAGAUGAUUACAGAAAAAUAGAAAAUCAAGGUGAUUCUGUGAAGUGGUUUUAAAGGAGAUCUGUCUGCGGUCUUGUUUGUAGCAGAGAUGGACUAAUCCCUCAGUCUGAAAUAACCUCAGUCAUCAGUGACUUGUCUCACUUCGACCUUGAGCGUCAAAGAGCCUUUAAGUCAGACAUCACCUAUCUCUCCUGUGUCCUUUCAGAUAACAAAAGCGAUAGCCAGCCCGGUUUUACUUUUAAUGGGAAAUGAUGUCAUUCCCGUCCCAUUUCAAAUGAGUGAGAAGUCAUUGGAAGUUGAAGCUAAGCCAAUUCUGUCCAGCUGUGAGUCACUCAGUCCAGUCCAGGGGUUUUAUCUGUUUUAUGUUUUCACCUGGACAACAUAUACAAAAGGUAUACUGUCUCUACAUUGCUUUACAACCCAGGUGCAUAAACAAGGGAGAAAACCAGACAUUUGAAAUACAGUUUUCAGUAACUCUUGGAAUACAAUGGAAGUUGGGCUGAAAAAUACUUACACUAUUUAUUAAAACCAUGUGUUUCAGAAUACAUCUUUCAUUAGUGUUUUCCCAAAUCAUGUAAUGUCAUCAGAUUUGCUUUCAUCUGGAUGUGGAGAUUCAAAGAAGGCUUGUUUGAGUGAAUCCUAGCUUAUGUGUUGAUAUUUCUGUAAACCAAACAACUUAUAGCAUUAUAGACAGCAGUUGGGAUCAGAGCAAAUAUUGAAUACGCUGAAUUUUUCUCUACACUUGGGGGCGCCAGUGUGCCGUUGGGAGUUUGCAAACAGACUAGCAUUGUUUGAAGUGCAUGCAUAUCAGAGCCUUGAUGAACAUAUGGGUCUUUGUGAAUGAGAUUCAAUGUGCUUCUUCAAUAUACAGUGUUAUGUGGACACAUGAAAUGUAUAUUAAUUGAAAGCGUAUUUAUACAGUAUUUGAGUAUUUGACACAGGGAUUUAUAAACAUCCUUUACACAUGCCUGAUCUUGGCUUUUCCCAAACACAAUCUAUCUAAUAAUCAAUGACAACAUUUAAGAUUUUGAGUAAAAGUUCAACAGGACUUUACCCAAAGACAUUGAACCCGUAAGAACCCAACGACAUAGAACCCACUAAAGAUCUCAUGGCACUUAUUGUAAGAGUAGGGGUGUUAACCCUGGUGUCCUGGCUAAAUUCCCAAUCUUGCCCUCAUACCAUCAUGGCCACGUAAUCACCCCUAGCUUCCAAUUGGCUCAUUCUUCCCCUCUCUUCUCCGCUGUAACUCUUCCCCAGGUCGUUACUGUGAAAGAUAAUAUUUUCUCAGUCAACUUACCUGGUAAAAUAAUUGUCAAUAAAAAUACAACAGUAGGGUCUGAUUGUUUGGUCCUCAUAAUAGUGUUUCCCAAUCCUGGUUUCUGGGGACCCAACAGCUUAAUCAUCAGUCGAUCAGUUGAAUCAGGUGGGUUAGUGCUGGUUUGGUAAACUGUCAUAAUAUCAGGUCCCCAUCACAUCAUAAUAUCAGGUCCCCAUCAUAUCUGGUCCUCAUCAUAAUAUCAGGUCCCCAUCAUAUCUGGUCCCCAUCAUAUCAUAAUAUCAGGUCCCCAUCAUAUCAUAAUAUCAGUUUCCCAUUAAUAUCAGGUCCCCAUCAUAUCAUAAUAUCAGUUUCCCAUUAAUAUCAGGUCCCCAUCAUAUCAUAAUAUCAGGUCCCCAUAAUAUCGGGUCCCCAUAAUAUCUGGUCCCCAAUGCUUCUGGUCUCCAGAAAGCCUCCAUAAGGUCAUGCCCCCUCCCCAGAGGUGAGUGUGGAGUGGUGGGUGAAGAGCCUCCCUGGAGACUGCCACGUCUUAUUAGAUUCUCCUCAGACCCUGUAAACAGGAGCCCAGACCCCAUGUAGCAAGGGCUGAUUGAAAUUAAUGAUUGCAGAGGCCAGGGUCAAUGCAGCACAAACACAAUGUCAUUACACUGGGCUGAGAUAGGAGCCGCAUUCUCAUCUAUUGUUUCUCAUGGGUGGCUCAUUUUUUUGUGGGUUUGUGUGUGUUCUGAGAGUAUUUGUGAGUGUGUGCAUGUUUACAUGGGCAUCUUUGUAUGUGUGUGUGAGUAUUUGUGUGCAUGUUGUGGGUUGAAUAUCUGCUAGUGUUAGUAGGUAUGUGUUUGUAUGACUGUGUGUCGGAGUACCUGUGUGUUGUCUGAUUUGUGUGUAGCUUGGUGUAUCAGUUCACGGCACGACGGAUGGUAAUGCUUAUCCUUAUGCCUCAGUGUCUCCCUAGCCCCCCUGAAGAAAUGAAAUGCUGCUCGCCACUGCUUACACAGUCUGGUGUGGACGUGUCGAAACGCUGAUGCAUGGCCACAUCCUAAUAGCAUCUUUUAGAGUGGAUAGUACUGAAUUAAAUUCUCAGGGGAACGCCAUCUCUAGAGUCGUGGUAAUAUUUGGUCAGGAAACUGGGUGCAGAAUAAAUGCUGGUGAUUCAUAUUUGACCUUGAGAAAACCGUCUCUGUAUACAGUACUGUUGGUAGGUUGCCAGGGACAGUUGCUUUGUUUUUUUGUUUGUCAGGGACCGUGCUCAACUUGUUGCACCAGAGAUGGAUCUCUAUGGGACCAGAUGAUUGUGGAUCAUUGCUACAGAAUUCCAGAUCACAAUGUUUGAAAAGUAGGACAUUUUAUUAACCAGGUUGUUAUUGGGAAAUAAAAAGUGUGCUCAAUGAUUUACCUGGAUCAUAAGAGAGAGAUUAGAAUAUACAUUCCGAGGUGGCAGGCAUCCUGAGUUUUGGGGACUUGAAUGACAGUUUAAAAAUUAAUCCAUCUCAUUUGAAAAGCUGGCUUUGUUCCAUAAAAUUAAACAUUUCACUGCAGCAUCAGGCUGUUUAGCCCCAGGGACCAUUUUGUUACACAAUGUUUAUUUAUGAAAAAACACAUCACCCUUCUCAUAAUCCUCUUCUGUUCUAUUGGCAGAGCCUGUCAGGGCUGCCCUUGUCAGAACUGUAUGUAUAUGUAUCCAAUAUCUAUCUCUAUAGAAGGCUUUGGCCCAUUGAUCUCAUGCUGAAAUAUAAAUAUUCUUAGGAGAAUACAAAUGAUCAGAAUCAUUCAAAUGAUUAAUUCAUUACGGCAGGGUUCUCAAAAGGGUAAUUGGAGUUCAAAGCAGGGCGAACAAAACCGGAAAAUAACAGACAUUUUCGAGGAACAGAAUCAAAACCAUGAAUGAAAGUGAUCUAUACUGUCCCGGAACAGAACGGUUAUUUUAAAAGCAUGGGAACCAGUUAAUAACGUUAUUUUACAUUCCGGGCAUUUUUUUCUUAUUCCGUCCUACCCUCUGAAUGGCGUGCAACUCAAUAUUAGGACAGUGUUCUUAAUGUUUUGUACACUCAGUGUGUGUGUGUAUGUAUGUGUAUAUGUGUCUCCCGAGUGGCGCAGUGGUCACUGCAUUGCAGUGCUAGCUGUGCCACUAGAGAUCCUGGUUCGAAUCCUUAGACGGCCGCGACCGGGAGACCCAUGGGGCGGCGCACAAUCGGCCCAGCGUCGUCCAGGGUAGGGGAGGGUAUGGCCUGCAGGGAUGUAGCUCAGUUGGUAGAGCAUGGCGUUUGCAACACCAGGGUUGUGGGUUCGAUUCCCACGGGGGGCCAGUAUAAAAAAAAAAAGAAUAAUGUAUGCACUCACUCAACUGUAAGUCGCUCUGGAUAAGAGCGUCUGCUAAAUGACUAAAAUGUGUGUGUAUAUAUAUAUAUAUAUAUAUAUAUAUAUAUAUAUAUAUAUAUAUAUAUAUAUAUAUAUAUAUAUAUAUAUAUAUAUAUAUAUAUAUAUAUAUAUAUAUACACACACACACAGUGGGGAGAACAAGUAUUUGAAACACUGCCGAUUUUGCAGGUUUUCCUACUUACAAAGCAUGUAGAGGUCUGUAAUUUUAAUCAUAGGUACACUUCAACUGUGAGACGGAAUCUAUAACAAAAAUCCAGAAAAUCACAUUGUAUGAUUUUUAAGUAAUUAAUUUCCAUUUUAUUGCAUGACAUAUGUAUUUGAUACAUCAGAAAAGUAGAACUUAAUAUUUGGUACAGAAACCUUUGUUUGCAAUUACAGAGAUCAUAAGUUUCCUGUAGGUCUUGACCAGGUUUGCACACACUGCAGCAGGGAUUUUGGCCCACUCCUCCAUACAGACCUUCUCCAGAUCCUUCAGGUUUCGGGGCUGUCGCUGGGCAAUACGGACUUUCAACUCCCUCCAAAUAUUUUAUAUUGGGUUCAGGCCUGGAGACUGGCUAGGCCACUCCAGGACCUUGAGAUGCUUCUUACGGAGCCUCUCCUUAGUUGCCCUGGCUGUGUGUUUCGGGUCGUUGUCAUGCUGGAAGACCCAGCCACGACCCAUCUUCAAUGCUCUUACUGAGGGAAGGAGGUUGUUGGCCAAGAUCUCGCGAUACAUGGCCCCAUCCAUCCUCCCCUCAAUACGGUGCAGUCGUCCUGUCCCCUUUGCAGAAAAGCAUCCCCAAAGAAUGAUGUUUCCACCUCCAUGCUUCACAGUUGGGAUGGUGUUCUUGGGGUUGUACUCAUCCUUCUUCUUCCUCCAAACACGGCGAGUGGAGUUUAGACCAAAAAGCUAUAUUUUUGUCUCAUCAGACCCAUUACCUUCUCCCAUUCCUCCUCUGGAUCAUCCAGAUGGUCAUUGGCAAACUUCAGACGGGCCUGGACAUGCGCUGGCUUGAGCAGGGGGACCUUGCGUGCGCUGCAGGAUUUUAAUCCAUGACGGCGUAGUGUGUUACUAAUGGUUUUCUUUGAGACUGUGCUCCCAGCUCUCUUCAGGUCAUUGACCAGGUCCUGCUGUGUAGUUCUGGGCUGAUCUCUCACCUUCCUCAUGAUCAUUGAUGCCCCACGAGGUGAGAUCUUGCAUGGAGCCCCAGACCGAGGGUGAUUGACCGUCAUCUUGAACUUCUUCCAUUUUCUAAUAAUUGCGCCAACAGUUGUUGCCUUCUCACCAAGCUGCUUGCCUAUUGUCCUGUAGCCCAUCCCAGUCUCAAUUUUAUCCCUGAUGUCCUUACACAGUUCUCUGGUCUUGGCCAUUGUGGAGAGGUUGGAGUUUGAUUGAGUGUGUGGACAGGUGUCUUUUAUACAGGUAACGAGUUCAAACAGGUGCAGUUAAUACAGGUAAUGAGUGGAGAACAGGAGGGCUUCUUAAAGAAAAACUAACAGGUCUGUGAGAGCCGGAAUUCUUACUGGUUGGUAGGUGAUCAAAUACUUAUGUCAUGCAAUAAUAUGCAAAUUAAUUACUUAAAAAUCAUACAAUGUGAUUUUCUUAGAUUCCAUCUCUCACAGUUGAAGUGUACCUAUGAUAAAAAUUACAGACCUCUACAUGCUUUGUAAGUAGGAAAACCUGCAAAAUCGGCAGUGUAUCAAAUACUUGUUCUCCCCACUGUAUGUAUGUAUGUGUGUAUGUAUAUAUAUAUAUAUAUAUAUAUAUAUAUAUACUGCUCAAAAAAAUAAAGGGAACACUAAAAUAACACAUCCUAGAUCUGAAUGAAUGAAAUCAUCUUAUUAAGUACUUUUUUCUUUACAUAGUUGAAUGUGCUGACAACAAAAUCACACAAAAAAUAUCAAUGGAAAUCAAAUGUAUCAACCCAUGGAGGUCUGGAUUUGGAGUCACCCUCAAAAUUAAAGUGGAAAACCACACUACAGGCUGAUCCAACUUUGAUUUAAUGUCCUUAAAACAAGUCAAAAUGAGGCUCAGUAGUGUGUGUGGCCUCCACGUGCCUGUAUGACCUCCCUACAACGCCUGGGCAUGCUCCUGAUUUACAUUUUACAUUUUAGUCAUUUAGCAGACACUCUUAUCCAGAGCGACUUACAGUUAGUGAAUACAUAUAUAUAUUUUUUAUGUUAUUUUUAUUUUUAUUUUUUAUACUGGCCCCCCGUGGGAAUCAAACCCACAACCCUGGCGUUGCAAACGCCAUGCUCUAUCAACUGAGCUACAUCCCUGCCGGGCCAUUCCCUCCCCUACCCUGGACGACGCUGGGCCAAUUGUGCGCCGCCCAUGAGUCUCCCGGUCGCGGCCGGCUGCGACAGAGCCUGGAUUCGAACCAGGAUCUCUAGUGGCACAGUUAGCACUGUGAUGCAGUGCCUUAGACCACUGCGCCACUCAGGAGGACAUGAGGACUGAUGAGGUGGCGGAUGGUCUCCUGAGGGAUCUCCUCCCAGACCUGGACUAAAGCAUCCGCUAACUCCUGGACAGUCUGUGGUGCAACGUUGCGUUGGUGGAUGGAGCGAGACAUGAUGUGCUCAAUUGGAUUCAGGUUUGGGGAACGGGCGGGCCAGUCCAUAGCAUCAAUGCCUUCCUCUUGCAGGAACUGCUGACACACUCCAGCCACAUGAGGUCUAGCAUUGUCUUGCAUUAGGAGGAACCCAGGGCCAACCGCACCAGUAUAUGGUCUCACAAGGGGUCUGAGGAUCUCAUCUCGGUACCUAAUGGCUGUCAGGCUACCUCUGGCGAGCACAUGGAGGGCUGUGCGGCCCCCCAAAGAAAUACCACCCACACCAUGACUGACCCACCGUCAAACCGGUCAUGCUCGAGGAUGUUGCAGGCAGCAGAACGUUCUCCACGGCAUCUCCAGACUCUGUCACGUCUGUCACGUGUGCUCAGUGUGAACCUGCUUUCAUCUGUGAAGAGCACAGGGCGCCAGUGACGAAUUUGCCAAUCUUGGUGUUCUCUGACAAAUGCCAAACGUCCUGCACGGUGUUGUGCUGUAAGCACAACCCCCACCUGUGGACGUCGGGCCCUCAUACCACCCUCAUGGAGUCUGUUUCUGACCGUUUGAGCAGACACAUGCACAUUUGUGGCCUGCUGGAGGUCAUUUUGCAGGGCUCUGGCAGUGCUCCUCCUGCUCCUCCUUGCACAAAGGCGGAGGUAGCGGUCCUGAUGCUGGGUUGUUGCCCUCCUACGGCCUCCUCCACGUCUCCUGAUGUACUGGCCUGUCUCCUGGUAGCGACUCCAUGCUCUGGACACUACGCUGACAGACACAGCAAACCUUCUUGCCACAGCUCGCAUUGAUGUGCCAUCCUGGAUGAGCUGCACUACCUGAGCCACUUGUGUGGGUUGUAGACUCCGUCUCAUGCUACCACCAGAGUGAAAGCACCGCCAGCAUUCAAAAGUAACCAAAACAUCAGCCAGGAAGCAUAGGAACUGAGAAGUGGUCUGUGGUCACCACCUGCAAAACCAGUCCUUUAUUGGGGUGUCUUGCUAAUUGCCUAUACUUUCCACCUGUUGUCUAUUCCAUUUGCACAACAGCAUGUGAAAUUUGUCAAUCAGUGUUGCUUCCUAAGUGGACAGUUUGAUUUCACAGAAGUGUGAUUGACUUGGAGUUACAUUGUGUUGUUUAAGUGUUCCCUUUAUUUUUUUGAGCAGUGUGUGUGUGUGUAUAUGUAUAUAUAUAUAUAUAUAUAUAUAUAUAUAUAUAUAUAUAUAUAUAUAUAUAUAUAUAUAUAUAUAUAUAUAUAUAUAUAUAUAUAUAUAUAUAUAUAGUACCAGUCAAAAGUUUUGACACCUACUCAUUCAAGCAUUUUUCUUUAUUUUUACUAUACUAUUUACACAUAUGGAAUCAUGUAGUAACCAAAAAAGUGUUAAACAAAUCAAAAUAUAUUUUAUAUUUGCAUUCUAAACGGUUAAGAUUUUUUUUUUGCUGGUCGGAACAGUAUGGAACGAAAAAAUAUAAUGGUUCUGUUCAGAACAAAACGAUUGAAAAAUUAUUUCGGUUCCAACCCCUGGUUCGAAGUUCUAACAUGAGAAGUUCAGCAAGGCGUCUCUUAUGAACACUUCCUAUCAUUCCAAAGUCUCCUCGCUCACUCACUCACUCUUUCAUUCACUCACUCACUCAGAUGGCCUUUGGAUAUCUUUGGUCACAUCGAGCCAAGAACUCAUUAAAGCUUGAUGCUCUUAAUUACGCCAAUUAGCGACAGCAUUAUAGAACUUCCCCAGAGUUUCUCUGUAUUUCCUUUUUAUUCCCAAGAAACACAACAUUGGCCUUGUUGUUCGGGAAUGGAAGGCAGCCAACACUCUGACAGUGCUGUACCAAUGGUAGCAUGUUGGUGUUUGAGACAAUAAAACGUGAGCAGAUUGAGAUAUGCUCUUGCCUUAACUGAUCAGUGUUUGAGGAGGAGGUUGUUUUGUCCUGCCUUUUGCUUCAGUUUGGGAGAUUAUUGAAAUGUGUGAUAAUGAUGCUGUGUCCUCAAGCUCUUGUCUAUGUUUGUUUUCAAGCACCUGUUUCCCAGUGGAUCCUGGUUGUUAUUCCUUCAAAGGCAGAUUUCCUAUCAGGAGCAGGAUUUUUGCAUCAGCUCUGUAAAAUGUUCCCUGACCUUACCUUGAAGUAUGGUAAUUAAUGAACUCAAUAAUUUAUACAUUAUAUCCGCAGUGGUUCCUUGGUAUUCACUAGUUGAAUAUUCACUGGUACGGUGGUAUUAACUCUCAAUAUAUCAUCUUCCUUCCUGACUGUCUGUCACGUUCAUGGAGCCACACUAGACAUAUGUCCCCCUACGCUCAGUCUGGCCCAUCCUCAUUACCUUACACUCCCCAGUGCCAGCGCUACCACGAUCUCCCUCUAUCAACCAUGCCUUGUCCCCCCCCCCCCGCUUCGCAGGUCUGCUGUUAUUGCUUUCUCUCUUUUCUCCUCCUUCAUGCUUUUCUAUCAUGCCCCCCGGGUGUGAAGGUCUCCUUCCCUUUUCGCAUGGCACAUCCCUGUUGACCAUGAUUAGGUUUGACAGGAAAUCAAUAGGUUUCUCCUGGCCUGAAAUGGAGAUAAGAUUGUCAUAAUCCUGAUGUUGUGGCUGUGUAUACUCGAAUUCUCCUUCAUUAUUGUAGUCAGUGAUGUCCUUUGGGGAUAGCGUUUCUCUUGUUUCUCCUGCAUUGGGUCUGCAGAGGUGAUGUCAGAGCUGAGAUUAGUUAUAUUGGACACAGAGUCCAAGGUGUGCUUUGUUUACAGCAGGGAUCAUCAACUAGAUUCAGCCAUGGGACAAUUUUUUUUUUCUUGAGUGGAUGGUCAGGGGACUCAAACGUAAAUACAAAUAUUUUGUAGACUCCCCAAACAACAGAUAUAUUUGACUAAAACAUCAUUUCAAACCUUGCUUACAUUUGUAUACGAUCACAUAUACAGUAUCUCUCUAUGCGUGGGGAUACUUUGGAACAGAUUUCCAAAAUUGAAAUCACUUAGUGCUGAUUUGCUGGUGUUUUUCCAGUCUUAUGUCCAACGUUGUUGCUCAGAAAACGUUGAGGGCCAAAUAAAAUCACCCGCGGGCCAAAUUCGUCCCGCAAUGCCGCCAGUUUGGGAACCCUGGUUUACAGUAUUUGUGUAUGUGAUUGCUUUUAUACUGGAUCCCACUUCUGACACCAACUGUACUUACUUUUAGCCAGAAAGCGAGGACUAAUGCCAAUGUGAAGAAGCAAAGGACUAGCAUGUUUUUAUUAUUCCAUUAUUUUUGUAAGUUAACAUAAGCACUGUAUGCACCUGUAUGCUUGUAUUCAAGUUGAACACAGCUACUGAAUGUUUUUGAAAUGAAUGCUUGUAUAUAUACAAACCCUAGCAUGUCAUUUCAGUCCCAUUCUCAAGAUCACCUUCCAAGGUCGUAUCAAGCCAAUGACCUCACAUGUCCAGUAAUCUUAGAUACAGUACAUUACAAUUAUGUGACAUGUUACUGUGUGUACAUUCGUGGUCAAAAGUUUUGAGAAUGACACAAAUACUAAUUUUCACAAAGUCUGCUGCCUCAGUUUUGAUGAUGGCAAUUUGCAUAUACUCCAGAAUGUCAUGACGAGUGAUCAGAUGAAUUGCAAAGUCCCUCUUUGCCAUGAAAAUGAACUUAAUCCCCAAAAAAACUUUUCCAAUGCAUUUCAGCCCUGCCACAAAAGGACCAGAUGCCAUCAUGUCAGUGAUUCUCUUGUUAACACAGGUGAGAGUGUUGACGAGGACAAGGCUGGAGAUCACUCUGUCAUGCUGAUUGAGUUAGAAUAACAGACUGGAAGCUUUAAAAGGAGGGUGGUGCUUGAAAUCAUUGUUCUUCCUCUGUUAACCAUGGUUACCUGCAAGGAAACACGUGCCGUCAUCAUUGCUUUGCACAAAAAGGGCUUCACAGGCAAGGAUAUUGCUGCUAGUAAGAUUGCACCUAAAUCAACCAUUUAUCGGAUCAUCAAGAACUUAAAGGAGAGAGGUUCAAUUGUUGUGAAGAAGGCGUCAGUGCGCCCAAGAAAGUCCAGCAAGCGCCAGGACCGUCUCCUAAAGUUGAUUCAGCUGCGGGAUCGGGGCACCACCAGUGCAGAGCUUGCUCGGGAAUGGCAGCAGACAGGUGCGAGUGCAUCUGCACGCACAGUGAGGCGAAGACAUUUGGAGGAUGGCCUGGUGUCAAGAAGGGCAGCAAAGAAGCCACUUCUCUCCAGGAAAAACAUCAGGGACAGACUGAUAUUCUGCAAAAGGUACAGGGAUGGGACUGCUGAGGACUGGGGUAAAGUCAUUUUCUCUGAAUCCCCUUUCCGAUUAUUUGGGGCAUCCGGAAAACACCUUGUCCGGAGAAGACAAGGUGAGCGCUACGAUUAGUCCUGUGUCAUGCCAACAGUAAAGCAUCCUGAGACCAUUCAUGUGUGGGGUUAAUUCUCAGCCAAGGGAGUGGGCUCACUCACAAUUUUGCCUAAGAACACAGCCAUGAAUAAAGAAUUGUACCAACACAUCCUCCGAGAGCAACUUCUCCCAACCAUCCAAGAACAGUUUGGUGACGACCAAUGCCUUUUCCAGCAUGAUGGAGCACCUUGCCAUAAGGCAAAAGUGAUAACUAAGUGGCUCGGUGAACAAAACAUCGAAAUUCUGGGUCCAUGGCCAGGAAACUCCCCAGACCUUAAUCCCAUUGAGAACUUGUGGUCGAUCCACAAGAGGCAGGUGGACAAACAAAAACCCACAAAUUCUGACAAACUCCAAGCAUUGAUUAUGCAAGAAUGGGCUGCCAUCAGUCAGGAUGUGGCCCAGAAGUUAAUUGACAGCAUGCCAGGGCAGAUUGCAGAGGUCUUGAAAAAGAUGGGUCAACACUGCAAAUAUUGACUCUGCAUAAACUUAAUGUAAUUGUCAAUAAAAGCCUUUGACACUUAUGGAAUGCUUGUAAUUAUACUUCAGUAUACCAUAGUAACAUCUGACAAAAAUAUAACACUGAAGCAGCGAACUUUGUGAAGACCAAUACUUGUCAUUCCCAAAACCUUUCACCACGGCUGUACACACAUGCACAGAGGCAGGAUGUAAAUAAAAACUGUCACUUUCGAUGAAGUGGCUGCUGUUGAGAGGUCAGACCCCUGUCAAACCAAUCUGCUGGGCAUAAUACAGUGCAUUUGGAAAGUAUUCAGACCCCUUGACUUUUUCCACAUUUUGUUAAGUUACAGCCUUAUUCUAAAAUGGAUUUAAAUUGUUUUUUUCCCUAAUCAAUUUACACACAAUACCCCAUAAUGACAAAGCAAAAUAGGUUUUUAGAAUAGUUUGCUAAUUUAUUAAGAACAAAACAAAAACACAUAAGUAUUCAGACUCUUUACUCAGUACUUGGUUGAAGCACCUUUGGCAGCAAUUACAGCCGCGAGUCUUUUUGAGUAUGACGCUACAAGCUUGGCACACCUGUAUUUGAAGAGUUUCUCCCAUUCUUCUCUGCAGAUCCUCUCAAGCUCUGUCAGGUUGGAUGGGGAGCGUCGCUGCACAGCUAUUUUCAGGUCUCUCCAGAGAUGUUUGAUCGGGUUCUAGUCCGGGCUCUGGCUGGGCCACUGAAGGACAUUCAGAGACUUGUCCCGAAGCCACUCACUCCUGGGUUGUCCUGGUUGUGUGCUUAGGGUCGUUGUCCUGUUGGAAGGUGAACCUUCACCCCUGUCUGAGGUGCUGAGCGCUCUGGGCAGGUUUUCAUCAAGGAUCUCUCUGUACUUUUCUCCGUUCAUCUUUCCCUCGAUCUUGACUAGUCUCCCAGUCCCUGCAGCUGAAAAACAUCCCCACAGCAUGAUACUACAAUGCUUCACCGUAGGGAUGGUGCCAGGUUUCCUCCAGAUGUGACGCUUGGCAUUCAGGCCCAAAGAGUUCAAUCUUGGUUUCAUCAGAACAGAGAAUCUUGUUUCUCAUGGUCUGAGAGUCCUUUAGGUGCCUUUUGGCAAACUCCAAGCGGGCUGUCAUGUGUCUUUUACUGAUGAGUGGCUUCCUUCUGGCCACUACCAUACAGGCCUGAUUGGUGGAGUACUGCAGAGAUGGUUGUCCUUCUGAAAGGUUCUCCCAUCUCCACAGAGGAACUCUGGAGCUCUGUCAGUGACCAUCGGGUUCUUGGUCACCUCCCUGACUAAGGACUUUCUCUCCCAAUUUCUCAGUUUGGCCGGGCCGCCAGAUCUAGGAAGAGUAUUGGUGGUUCCAAACUCUUCCAUUUAAGAAUGAUGGAGGCCACUGUGUUCUUGGGGACCUUCAAUGCUGCAGACAUUUUUUGGUACCCUUGCCCAGAUCUGUGCCUCGACACAAUCCUGUCUCGGAGCUCUACGGACAAUUCCCUCGACCUCAUGGCUUGGUUUUUGCUCUGACGUGCACUGUCAACUGUGGGACCUUAUAUAGACAGGUGUGUGCCUUUCCAAAUCAUGUCCAAUCAAUUGAAUUUACCACAGGUGGACUCCAAUCAAGUUGUAAGCACAUCUCAAGGAUGAUCAAUGGAAACAGGAUCACCUGAGCUCAAUUUUGAUUCUCAUAGCAAAGGGUCUGAAUACUUAUGUAAAUAAGGUAUUUUUGUUUAUUUGUAAUACAUUUGCAAUUCUAAACCUGUUUUCGCUUUGUCAUUAUGGGCUAUUGUGUGUAGAUUGUUGAGGAAAACCAUUUCAGAAUAAGGCUGUAACUUAACAAUGUGGAAAAAGUCAAGGGAUUUGAAUACUUUCCGAAUGCACUGAUUCUCUGUUUAGGGAUUCUAAUAUAAUAUUAAGCCAAAAUGUGACACUGUGUAUCCAUUCGUGAAAGAACACAGUCUGUACGUGACUCCUGUAGUAAUCCCUGGCAGAAUCAUAUGUGCAUAUACAUUUAUCAAAGAUAUAGUUCUAUAACACAAUGUACUGAAACCCACUUCUAACACCAAUCUACAUACUUUUAUACAGAAAGCGUAAUACAGAAAAAAAAAAAAAAAAAAAGGUUGUCGGAUUUAUUGCAACCUUGAGUUGCUUUGUGUGAAUGUUCGUGCACCACAUUGUUAAAAUGAGUAGUAACAUGUUUAUUGUGCUAACGCCUUGGCCUUUCAAUGCUCUUGAGGAAGGUCAACAAUAAAAAAACUUUUCCAAGCGCAGUGUGUGGGAGUUUCAUUUCAUUUUAACAAUUGUUGAACAUCUCAGACGCACCUGCAAUGCAACCUCUACUGAAGAUGUGUGCGAGUGCAUUUCACUUUCUUGCACCACAUUGCAUCUUUCAUAUUGGACUCCACUGUGAGGGAUUGGUUCUUUUAAGGUGAUCAAGUCUGCUUUUCUUUCCCACUGAGGGAUUGACUGUAUAGGGUUAUAAGGUCAGAUAUGCUCUCACUCCAAAGGACUGGCCAAUAUAAUGUCAGACUUAGCUUUCACUGUAAAGGGUCUGUAUUAGUCAUUCUUUCCCCUCUUCCCCUCUCUUUCUCCCCCCUCUCUCUUUAUCUUUCUCUCUCUCUCCAUCUCUGUCUCAAUCUCCCUCUUUCUCCCCCUCCACAUGCCAUGGCCCUCCUCCUCCUGCCUUAGAUCGGCAGGCGUCCUCUCGCUCCGAUAAGCCCAGGCAGGGCAGAGGAGUAGCAGGGGCCUUGGGUCACUCAAUCAGCUCUAACUGCAGGCUCUCAGGGCUAACUCCCACCAAAACCCCUCUCUCUUCUCCUCUCACUGCUCCACACUCCUACGUCCUAUCCUCCUUGCCGCUCGCUGCAGGAAACGGCCUUAGCUGCCCACCUGCCGGGAGGAAAUGAGACACACAAACCCCCUGGGACUUCCUUUAGAGGCCAGCCUGCGGCCAAGGGCCCCUUCCGCCCAGAGCCAGACCCAGUGGGCUUGCAAGGCUUGCCAGACCCAGUGGGCUUGCAAGGCUUGUCCUACCAACAAUGCUUGUCCUAUAAGAGGUUGUUGAAAACCGGAUACCAGUAAAGGUUGAGUCGGCUACAUUAAAUGGGUUUCCUGAGUCCAUUGCCGGGAAGUGAGUUGUCGCUGCUGCUGUAGCCUUUUGUCAAUUUAAGUCAUUUCCAGACAAUUGCAUUUGAAUCUCUUGCAUGAGCUCAGGGUAUUGUUGUGGAGAUUGUUCCUUGAAUGCUACAUGUUUGCAUGGCCGUAGAGCCUACAGUAUUUGCUUUCACUUUGCACUGCGGGGAGCGUCCCUCGCAUUGAAUAAGACUAAUGACCGUUCAGAUAGGUUUUUCCCAGCUCCUCAUUCUGACUUUUAAAUGGAAUUUCCUUAGUUGUCCCCUCUAAGCAGCGGCAGACUGGGAGCAGUGAAUUGGAACUAGUCACUCGGAUAUAACGCAAUGUUUUAAUUCCCACAGGUAAUCUGUGGGGCAUUGUUCAGAGCCAGAAAGUUGAUGGCGCUAAUCCACCUUCUAUUGAGGUUUGAAAGGUUUAAGAAUUAAUAUAAAAAACAGGCCCUAUUACUUUAGCACUGGCUGCCCUCUGUUCUCUUGUUCCCCUUAUCAGGGCCAACACAAAUUACUGGCCAUCCAGCUGCAGUCAAACGCUGCUCUGUUCUACAGAUGGACAGAAAAGGGGAAAGUUUACAUGGCG